GUGCAGAGCAGCUGAGAGGACCCGCUGGCCCGGGCUGCCGCAUCGCUGUAAUCUCCCCCAGCUCUUCCCAUCCAUCUCUGCACGCUCGGAUCAGCCCUCCUCCCGCUGCUCCCCCGGCACUGACUGGCAGACCGAGCCCAGGCACCGAGCUUCUCCCAGCCACCCGGGAGGAGAGGAUUGAGUGCAUGCAGCACCGGGGAUCCGCUCUCAGUGUGUACCUGUUUCACACAGCUUGGAUAUCUAUUUAUUGUCUGCAGAGAAAUAUCGCUGGAUGUACGAAGAGUCUGCGGUUCCUCUAACGUGGAUGGGAUUAGUACUGGCUCUGGUGCUGCCUAUUAGAUUUUACCAGUGUGGAGUUUACAAGAAUAAUAACAAAGACAUCUCUCUUUUUACUGUGUGUGUGUUUUAAUAUUUAAAUGAUUUUUUUUUAAUAUAUUUGUUUCUGGGUUUACGGCUGUCAUCCUUUAUAUAAAGAAAAAAAAACGUUGCCCCUGAGGCUUGAAAAUAAAUUGAAUUUUCACUGCUAAAGGAAGAAAAAGGAGAAAAUAAAGAUUAAUAAUAGCAGCUUUCUUGCAAUUUCAGAUCUCUGCAAGAAGUGGAACAUUUCUAAGGUUUUCUUUUUUAGCAUUAUUUUAAAGUCAAUUUCUACUGCUCUUUAUUUUGGUGGUUGGGGUUUUUUUGUUUUUUGUUUUGUUUUUCUCCAAUCUGCCUGGAAAUUAUAUCAAAGCUUUAGAAUUUUUUUCUUUUCAAUUAUAUAUAUAUUUUUUGUGUGGAUUAUUGCCACUUUCCUUUCAACUCCAAUGAAAAGAGCAUAAUACCAGACAUUUAAUUAUAUGAAUGAUUUGUGAGGACUGUAUGUACAUCCAAACUCUUUCAUGUUUUUGCAUCACUUGAUUUUUCUUUUUUUUAACUUCUCACUGGAUUUUCUUGGAAGAUAAAGGCUAUUUAAAGGAAUAAUAUUCUUUUUGAAGAUCUCCCAUGCUUGGAUUGGAUUUUGGGGUUGUACUGAGACUUUUUUAAUUUAAGGUAUGUUUUAUUUAGUGGAUCAAAGGAGCUUAACCAGAAACAACUGAAGAGUUUAUGGUAAAUAUUGGAUGGGGUUGGAUUUGCAAUGUUUAAAAUGCAAAAUAUUUUAAAAGUACAUUUUAAGGGUAUUAAAUAACAGAUGGUGGAUUUUCCUCCCAGCUAUCUCGUUUUUAUGAAUGCCGGUUUAAACUAGUUGCUUUAUCUUAAUCAUUACCCAUCUGUGUAUAAUUAAUAGACAUGCACAUAUAUUAAAUUCUUUGAAAGGGUUUUAUUUUUUUCUGCAGGGGGAUCCAUAGACUAAUUUCAUGCUAGAAUCUGACUUUCGCUGUAGGUACUUUUUUGGCAGGAAUGUUGCACUGAAUUCUAUGCCCAUAAAGCAGGUUUUCUAAUACCGUAAGAAGGCUACAACCAUAAGAUGCCUUAACAGUAUCUUUGAAGUUGUUUUUUUUUUUUUUUUUUAAAGAAUAUUAACACUAAGUGAUAUAUUAUGAACGCUUUUGUCAUGUCAUUAUCAUGUCAAAGGUUACAGAUGAAAUGAGCUCACCCAUUUUAGAUUGAUAUAUUUGUGUGUGUGUGUGUGUGUGUGUGUGUACACACACAUACUUACAGGGUUUAGGUAAUCUUUAAAUACACGUUUGAAACACAAUUCCGGACUGUAAGAGAUCAGUCAAAUUCGAACUCCCAGCAUGUUAAUAGUUAACAGCACACUGUGUGGACCUGUUCUAUAAUCAGUUGAAUAUCCAUUUUCACUCUUCUUGUUUUUUGUAAAUGAUGAUGAAUUGUCCCUUUUCUUGUGGUACAGGGAAAUAAACAGAAUACAUUUGCAUGACACAUCUCACAAAGGUGGGUGAAAUGAUGCAGAAUAUAUUCCUGUUUUCUUCAAUAACAAUCAUUUUUCUAAACAAUGUACAUGUUCAGUGACUCUACAUACAGAUGAUGCUUAAAUAGUUUGAUUACUCAAACAUAUGUACCUCUUUAUGAGUUUGCAGUAGUAUAUUAAGCAGUUUCAUGUAUAAAGUGCUUGCUCUGUAGAAGUAAAUGGAUGCAGCACAGUAAUCCUGCCAUGGUCAUUCUAGUAAUUGAAGCAGACAUAUGGUUAACUCUUAAAUGAUAGGAAUGCCCAGUGUGUGGCACUGAAUGGGUUGAGGCCUAUUUCAAAGAUUUCAGUUUAAAAACCUAUAUUAAUUUAGGUUUAGAAUCUGAUAUCUUCUACACAUGGUGUAUGUGUUGCGAAGAUUAGCUAAGCCUGUAGUGGUCUGAGGAUUGCUAUAGAAUUGUUUAUAUGUAUAUGGCAACUAAUGGACAAAAUAUACCCUUUUAUUUUCUUAUACAGAGAGUUGAAUGUAGCCUGAUAAUAAAACAUGGGCCUUUUUAAGCCCUGCUUAUAGAUGCAUAAAAAUAUUUUCUGUAAGAUUGAAACAUCUGCACUAGUCUAUUUUUGUGUUUUAAUCAUCAAAUAGAUUAGUGCCGAUGUUUCAAUCUUAUUUACAGAAAAUAUUUUGUAGGGUUUUUUGUUUUUUUUUUUGUUUGUUUUUCCUCUACAUCUCUUCCUACUAUAUGGUCGAGUGCAGUUAGAUUUAGUCCAGGACUUGCUAGAGAGGGUAUUAAUAACCAAACCUAAAUAAGAUGCUUUAACUUGCAACCAAAGUAGUCCAGUCGUUUUUUCAGUUCAUCCUAGAUUUCGAAGUUUGUUUUUUUACACCAGUUGCUCUAUUUAUAAAUAAACACUAAUCUACAGGUUACACAAUUUUUGUUUCAAAGAAAAAUUAACUAGAUUAUACAGGGAAGUCUUAACAUGUUUUUUUUAAAUGUAUUAUAUACGUGCAGCUUUUAGAUAAAAGGGUAUGCCCUCCUGCUGCAAACAGGUUAAAUUGGGAAAUAAAAGGCUUCUUUUCAAAGAAAUGUCCAUUCUCCAGAACACAGUGAUAAAUUCCUAGGUUUACAACAGGAAACAUGAUUAUUCUAUUUUAUGGCUGUUAGGUUUCUAAUAGCAAUUGCUUCCCAAAAGGAGAGAGAGAAAUUUAAUGGAAGCCUAUUUCAGUGUGAGAAGAACAGGUCAUCCGAGGGUGAUGGAGGGCAAUUGACUAGAAGGGAAGGUCUGGCAGGCUCCUUUACAGGCACCUUGGGGGUUCAUACACAAGAAGCCUCCCUAGAUAGUAGUGCAGAACAAGAAUGCCUUACAAUUGGGUAAAUGUUAACAAUGGAAUCACAAAAUGGAUGAUGUUGACAAUCAUCCAUUGGUGCCACAAAUUUGAUGCCCAGAUAGUGUUAUGGAUGUAAGCUUAUUUGAGCAGGGCCCUCUACAUCCUCUUUUCCUAUGCAUCCAACUCGUCUGGUUUAAAAAAACUUCUGUUAGUCCACCCAUUGUAUAGCGCUGCGGAAUUUGUUGCUUUAUAAAUAACCAUAUUAGAGUACCGUUUAUUAACUGGGCAGUGGUGUGUGUACAUUGACCAAGACUUCUGACCCUGGACGGAGUAGAGUUCUCUAUUUUUUUAUAUUAUGGUACACAGAAUGAGUGUAACUAAACUACUUUAUUUAAUGGCACAUUAUUCUGUUGCCCAUAUAUCCUUUAUCUUUGUUUCCUAACCCCACAUCACCAGUAAAGAAAGUCUAUAUCAAAUGCAAAUGUUUCUUAAUAAGUAAGUCAAGAACAGGUGGGCGGUGAAUAAAAUGUAGUUUUUUUUUUGUUUUGUUUUUUUUUUCUUGGUUUUUUAGAAGUAAACUUUUAUCUCAUUCUCUGUUUGGAUGCCCAAUCUACCCUUUGCUCUCCAAAAAGCUAGGGACUCCCCUAAACUGCUUGGAAUUUUAUGGGUAGCUUAAUUUUCUAAUUGUAUUUGAACUCCCCUCCCCUCUUCUCCUGUAGCGAAUAGAUGAAAAGAUUAGGAUAGGUUUAUUGUGUGGUUUAGUCUGUGUUUAUUUAGCUGCAGAUUUAAUGGGAACAGACAGUUUAGUAGGCUUCUUGAUGAGCCAGCCCUGCAGAUGGGUGAUUUCUCUCUUUUGUCUGUCCUUGUUUUGCUUGUGAAGGUAGACACAAUAAAAACUGUGUUCUGCUUUUCAACCUCAAAACAGAUAACAAGGCAGAGAGGAAAUUAAAGGGAUUUAAUGGCAUAUGGCCUGUUAACCGUUUACAAACCACAGGAACUAUCACAAAACAUACAGCUACCUUGGUUUGCACUAAUCAAAUGAUUAUGUUGUAUAUUUUACAAAAAAAGGAUGUUUUCUAUGCUAGGUAAAAUGCAUAACUGAAUACAAGACAGAUCAAUGGUAGAUUGUUCAACCUCUUUGAACAUGAAGUCUGGUAUUUUGAAGAAGUAAGUUACCAAAUGGCUUUUAGAAUGACUGUUUAGUAAAAAAAAAAAAAAAUAGUGAUUCUCUAUAGUUAACUCUGAAACACUCUCCAAUGGAAUCAUUUAAUGAGGCAAGUAGUACAUAUUUAACUUUGGGUUCUACUGCAUUAUUUUAAAAUAUGUGGAAUAAGUUAAAAUUAUGACCAGCAACCAUCAAGUACUUCCACUGGACAUGGCUCUCACAUGCUCAAGUCUGCCAUGUGAGAUAUAUGCCCAUGUUUAGUGAAAUUAAUAUUUCCUAUUUCCACCUUUGGGGAUGACUACAUAUACGUUUGGUAUUAUGUCGCCAAAAGACUUAUCCCAGUGUUAACAGACGGGAGGGUGGGGGGAGCGCGACGACUUUAUUUGUGUCCCAGUAAACUACUCAGUUAUUAUAUUAAGGCUAACAUUUUUUAAGGCUAAUAAGGGCACUAUCCUGAUCUUCAAGACUAGGAUGAAAAUUUUAAAGUAUAUCUAAAGCAUCCAUACAAUUUUUGACGUAGUCCGCUAUUAUAUAAGAAAUGUUCUCACCAAACUUCCAAGCAAUAGUGUGUUGUAUUUUUCUCUCUCUCACAUUAGGGAGUUUAAGACUUCAAACCAUUUGCCCCUAUGCAGCAUGGCUAUCCUAGAGUAGUGGCCCAACUUGUCAUCCAGGGACAUUUUUCAUGGCCAAAGCUUUCUUUAGAAAUCUAAAGCCUUUGUCAUGUUAUAUCAGUGUUUUUGUAGAUAAGCGUCCAGCACAUGGAAAGACUUUAAGAAGGAAUGCAUUAAGCCUCAAACUCCUGCUGUUCCAAGAGAGCUUAUGAGAAAUAUAAAGACUAAUACAAUGUGUUUACUACUUUUUUUUUUUUUUUAAUUAAAAUAAUUGAGGUGUGGAUAAAAGGAAUAUUGCUGUCUGAAUGUCAAACACAAUCAUGUAUUUUACAGCCUCAAACUCUGAGGCAUUCCUCACACUGUACACCCCAGUCCCACACACACGCUCACACUAAAUUCUUAACAUGUAGCACCCCUACAGUAUGGAUCUAUAAUAUGCAUUUUAUUCCACAUGCAGUAAACAUCUCAAGUGAUAUUGCAGGUUGCAUACACUAGUAAAUAUGCCAUUUGCGCUUCAUAAAAGGUUCUAUAUUUCCACUCAUUAUUAUUUUUUGGGGGUAGGGGGUUGCAACAGAGGCUAUUCCAGGACCACUUAGCCCAGUGAUUGUUGUAAAGGGACUUUAGGGUUGACAUUGUCAAUUGGCAUAAUGAGAUUUGGCACAAUAAUUCAACUUAAUUAAAUAUUGAUAUAUUUCAAUGCUUAAUUGAAGGUUGCAUUAACAAUAUAACCUCAAAAACGAGCAUAUACAAGGUUGUGUUGUGGUAAAUUAUUAGUUCAAAUAGCUAAAGGGAAGACAUUGCCAGCAAUACUGCACUUUAACUGCAAAGGGUUAAAUUCAAUGUUCUGCAAGCAUUUUAGCGUUCUGCAUCCUGUCCUUGCCCCAGUAUGCACUCUGUUUAGUCUGUCUGGGGUUUCGCCCCACCUGCACCCAUCACUGUGAGUGGAUGCCCUCUUCCUUGCUCUAGGCUACACUACAGCAGCUCUUUGAAGACUGAUUUUGCUGAUGGCAUGUUCUCUGCACAUCUUCAACUGACCCCUCUCUGCUAUUUCUUAAAAUCUGAUAUUGCUAUUCAAGCACAACGUGUAUCCCACUUGUCACCUGACAGAAAUGUCAGGACUCUGUAUCUCAGAUGCACAUUUCCUGUCAUCUGUCUGCGGGUAGGAAUAAAAGUGGUAGCAUUGUUUUGACUUGUAUAAAAUCAAAAGCCAUGAAGUCUAAAUUUUUAUUUUAUAUUUUUGAUUUCUAAGUAAACCUGCCUGCUAAUGUUCUAAAAUGCCAUGGCAGUAUUAUGCAGGCUUGGAAUGAAUACCAUAAUAAAUACGUGUGUUAAGGUGAUACAUUGACAGAUAAAAAACAAUUGGAAUGCUUCUCAAUGAAAUUUAAAGGGACACUCAAAACACCAAAAGCUAAGCAUAAUCUAACAGGUUUAGUGACUAAAGUGAGAAUUUGAAGUGAAUUUUCAGUUUAACCCUUUAAGGACCAAACUUCUGGAAUAAAAGGUGUCACAUGUCAUGUGUACUUAAGGGGUUAAGGCCAAAAUAGCCAAAUUGAAGCUUAGCUAAAUUUUUCCAUUGCUGCUUUUAUGACCUUAGAUUUGAAAUACACUUUUAAUUCACUUUGAAUUCUCACAUUAGUGGAUUGCUGUGUGAGCCUUCCCUCUCAGUUGCUGACAUGUUACUGAGGAAUGACUCAUCCUUGUUAUCUACCCAUAUAUAUUACAGGAUGUGAGCAUGGUUCUUUUGAUCAAAAUAUGCAAUGUUGGGCUGUAGUAGGAUUCUGCUGGCCAAAUUACUGCAGCCCUUCUGUGCUGGUGAAAAAGGGUCAACAAUCAUUUAGAGGAGCAGAAAGAACUGCUUAUAGGACAAGCUCAGGAAGUAAGUUAUAUGUAUUAAACACUGAAACUUCUUCUGUCUGGGGUGUCCCUUUACAUUAAUCCCAAAAUAAAAAUUUGCACUCAUUUUACAUGAUGUAAAAUCCUUUUGAAAUCCAUAGAAAGGGAACAGUUUAGGAAAAACGACCUCUUCUAAUAAAUUUUUUUACAUUGCCUGAAGUGAAUUUCAGCUCUGAAAUUGUAAUAAUAAAAAUGCAUACUUAUUGGGCAUUGUUAAUUAUUGUAUGGGAACGAUAACCCACUUCAAAUGCUAUGUUUUGGCCUUACAAACUUCAAUCACUUCAUUAAUUAACUAAUCAUACACUGGCACUAUGUUUGUGUUGUACAAAAAGAUCACCACCUGGCUCAGAACAUGGAUUAAAAUGACAGAUUUUAUACAAUGUGUGCUUACAUGGUAUGGUGGCUGAUAUCAACUGUGGUCCACCAGUAAGUCCAUCUUCCAAAGAAGAUCUCCCAAACUUAAUUUCAUGUUUUUGGCACCUGAGAAGAAAAAUGUGUUGUGCCAUACACUUUCACCAUGAGACCAAACAACUAGAGUCAUCACAUUCUCCAGUGCGAGGCAGGUUUAGGUAAUCUGCCCUACACAGGGGGGUAUACCCUUUGAUGUAUCAAUGUUAUUUUAUACCGUUUCAAUUCAUGAGGCUGAUAUUGGCUUUUUUAAAUAGUUCAUAAAUAGUCAUUAUCCCAGGAUAACAUUCUAAACCAAUAAUUAGAAGCAUCUUAAGUUUGUUACCAGAAUGUAAGCAUUAUUUAAUGUUCUAACCCCCUUUUCACCACAAAUAACCACAUUAUUUUACUUGGUGUGCAGAGCGUUAUUAAAGGUUAUUUGCCUUUCAAACUUUUUUCCAUUCCCAUACCGUUUAUCCUUUGCCUUGCUUCUAUGCUUGAUCUUCAUUGACUUUUUCCUAAAAGCGGUGACCAUCAUUCUAUUUCAUUAAAUCCGAUCAUACAGUAUUAACAUACAUUGGUCUCCUGCUAAGAUAUGUUCUCUACUAACUUGGGAGCUAAAUAGGCAGUUUUUUGAAUUGUGUUGUGUUUGAUGAUUUGGUUCUAUUACAUUAAAGUCUGUAACAGCUUUCAAGUAGAGUUCCUUGUGGGUGGCGGAGUAUGAUUCACUUUAAUGAACAAAUCCUGUGUUUAUUUAUGAGUGUGUUGAUAUAUAAAGCUAUUUGGCACCCCUGGCAUCUGCAGACUACAUUUUCCAUGAGGCAUCCUGGGAAAUGCAGUUCAAAGCCAUCAUAAGCUAUAUUGCAACCAUAGCAAUGUCCAGAUUAAUUUCCAUAACAGAAAAGCUAUCUCCUUGAACGUUAAACCAACUUAUUAGCUGGUAUUGGCUAGGGGGCUCUCAAAUGGUGAAGGCUUGUGUUUUAUCCAUUGCAACUAUUACUGAAUUGUAAGUUUAACUUCUAUAUAAUAUUAUUUAUUAUACAUUUUUUGAACAGAUUUAUAUUCUCUGCAGAUUUAUUUUAUUUAAUCUAGGUCAGAACUGCUUUAUGACAGUACCCAGUGAGAGAGGUCAAUUUUGGCACCCAUCCUGUUUCCCUUUGCUUUUGUUUUGUGUGACUGUUCUGUAACCUCCUGUGAGUGUCAGACAGCCUUUCAGCAGGGAGGCAGAGAAGGGGGUGUAUCAUUUUAGAAUUUGUAUGGGUUGCGAAGUCUGUGCCUGCCUUUAGUUAAUCAGUCCUUAUCCCAACUUGAAGUGUUAUAUGCAAUUCAAUUUUGGAAGCCCUUCAGCAUGAAAAGUAACUCUUUCAUUGCCAGCCUAACCAAAGUAAAUGCAUACAAACUGAAGCCUUACUGCAGCAGGCCCCUUCACAUGUGGUUAACAGAGAUUGAAAGGCAACUCACCUUGCAGUAGAAAUCGGUAAUAUAGUAAGGGAAUUACAAAAUGCUUGUCUUGUAUUAUUAGGUUGGAGGUUUACAACAGCUAGCAUAAGGCAAGAUUUCUAGGUUAAAUGUUCGCUGUCCUGUGACCUGCAAGGAACCUUCCGUUUCUAAGCUACAAAUAAUCUUGUGCCCUGGCCAAGAAUGUAGCGCCACUACAAAGAGUCAUGCUCACUCAUGCACACCGCAGAAAACCCCUACAUUGUUUUACAGAGGGGUUUCAGUGUCCAUAUUUUCUUUGUUAAUGUAAUAAAGAAAAUUAUAGACUAGGAUUGUUUUUUUUAUUUUUUAUUUUUAUUGCCCUAGAUUUCUGUGAACUAUAUUUUACAUAAUUCCCAUCCAAUCAUGGCUGGCUGGUUAUGAUGGCUAAUGAAGUUCACAAACAUCUGGAUUGCCAAAGGUUAUCCAUUACUGUCAUUGAGCAUCCUUGUGAGUAAAGUAUUCCCAUCAGCCCUGGACUUGGUAUGAGUAAUCUAUUCUCUGCUUGCCUUGCUAUUCACCAAAAAAAUAAAUCCCUAGGGUGGAUUAAAUGGCUAUUAUAGCCAACCUGAGAAUUAUAAUAUGUAUCUUUGUAUAACUUGAGCUGCCAGUUCCAUUAUUUGUUUGUUUUUGUUUUCUUUUGUCCUCCUGAAAAGGUCAUUGUUUCAUUGUCUAUAUAAUUGCAAGCUCUUUCUGGUACAAAAAAAAUAAUAAAUUAGAAAAUCUGCAGGUUGGCAAACCGUUUCUACUAAAAGAAUAGAACCAGAAUCCAAAAAUCUUUCCCUCAAGUUCCUUAUUGGCAUGCCCUGGGCAAAUAAUAUUUUUGCUUGUUCUGUUGCAUGCUAAUGUAGUACCCUGGUGUGUGAUAAAUAUAUCUCUGUAUGUCACUAGCACUUACAUUACUGUAGCUUCCAUGAAACUUUAGGGGAUAUAUAUUAAGAGUAAUUAUUGGGGAAAAUUGGAGUAAUCACCUUGGAAACUGACAUAAUGUUAAUGCUGAUUGUUUCAGUUUUACAGUUUUCUCCAGAAUUUAUAUUUAUUUUUGCAUUCAACCCUCAAGGUGUCUAUGUAACACCACAUUAAUCUAGAAUAUACCUAUAUAAUCUGUUUCAUAGGGACCAAGAUUUAAAUAAAUGCAAGGAUUGGGGGCCAAUUUGAGCAUCUCUGUCAACACAUGCCUUUUAACGUUCUAAUGCAGGAAUUAUUUUCUGUAAAAUUAUUCUCCUAAAUCUGAAGCUUUUAUUCAAAUUAGACGCAGGGCCUCUUGUUUGGCAUCAGUAAGAGCCCAGUAUUUGUAGAAGAUAUUCUAUUCAGUGGAAGUGUCCCAGCUUCUCUAAAACAUUCCCAGCAGGCUCUUGUCAGAUAUAGGUCAUUAACUUUCUUUCAUUGAGAGUUUGUUUACAUGGCUGCCAUAAAUAGUAUGUGUUUUGCACUCUCCAGAAAUUCAUACAUACAUCCCCCUGGCUUGUUCCUUGAGACUGCAUUACCCUUUUUGCAAUACCACAAAGAGCCCAGAUUUACAAUAUAUAUAUUUUUUUUUUGGGGGGGAGUGUGGGGGGAGGUUGGUCUAAAAUAAAUGAUGGCUUUUAAAAUUUAGUCAUGUCCGUUUAUAGGCCCUUGAGUCAAAGGAGCAUCAGAAGGAAGUAUCUUUUAUAAGGCUGUAAUCUUUUAUAGAAUGUUUACAUUUUGUAUGGUGUUUGUUUAGCAGAUAAUUUGUUUCAGUGUGACAGAAGCACAAUUGCUAGCAGAUUUCACAGCCAGAAAAUGCUAUCUACACAGUCCCACUGCAUCAAAUUACAUUGAUGGUCAUGAUUCAUAGAACAUCAUGUGUCCUAAAUAAUUUCUUCAAAGUGGCAAAUUGUCCGUGUUUUUUUUUUUUUUUUCCUGUGUUCUUCAAACUGUAUUAAUAGAUAUACCGUAAUAACUAUGUGUUUAUGCUGUCUAUGGAUUGUAUCCCUUAUCAAAUUAUAUUAGUCAGCAUUCCCUUAUAAAGGGAUCUUUACCUCUGUAUUGUGACUUCCCAUUGCUGUUUGUCAUCAGAAGUCUUGUUCUGAGAUUUAUCUAAGUAUAAACAAUGUGGAAGCUGCCAAAUAACUGAUUUUAUAACCCACAUCCCCAGCAGUGAGAGUGGUGCUUUAUGCAGAUUGUGUUAUAUCUCGCUCAGGAAGUAAGUUAUAUGUAUUAAACACUGAAACUUCUACUGUCUGGGGUGUCCCUUUACAUUAAUCCCAAAAUAAAAAUUUGCACUCAUUUUACAUGAUGUAAAAUCCUUUUGAAAUCCAUAGAAAGGGAACAGUUUAGGAAAAACGACCUCUUCUAAUACAUUUUUUUACAUUGCCUGAAGUGAAUUUCAGCUCUGAAAUUGUAAUAAUAAAAAUGCAUACUUAUUGGGCAUUGUUAAUUAUUGUAUGGGAACGAUAACCCACUUCAAAUGCUAUGUUUUGGCCUUACAAACUUCAAUCACUUCAUUAAUUAACUAAUCAUAAAAAAAGUGAACAUUUUAGAGUUUACUCCGUAUACACCGCAUUGUGGUGAAUAGGAAACUGAAGUUUACUUUUUGGUAAAAUAGGUUUUGAAAGCUUUUUGAGUGCAGAUUACUUAUGGACAAUAUAUUUUGUAUUAUGGAAUGCUUGAUAUUUGGAUACACAUUUGCAACAAUUGAAAACGGCACCUCCAUGUGACACUCACUGAACACCUUUUGAGAAUAAUUUGGGACUUUAGGGCACAUCUCUCUGGCUGACAUGCAGUGAGUCACCUUCUAGCCACUGUUAUCUGCCAUGUGAUGGCUUUAGAAUGGCACCCUCCCUGCAAUGUGGACUUAGGUUAAGCAGGUUGGAAAGCGGAUUUUGAUUUUGUUAUCUUUACUGGUGCAGGUCAGUUUCCAGUGUCCCAUAAUGGUGUUUUAAAAAACUAAAGUCUCGAGGUUCGUAAAACCAUUUUUAUUAACAGAUCAUGUACCUCUUCUAAAAUGGUAAGCUCUAAAACUGCCUUGUUUCAGGUUAUUUGUAUAUUUUGUUUGUGGAAUUUUUGCCAAAUUAAUCAAAAUGUAAUAUUUUAAUUUAUGUCCAUUUUCCAUAUAGGAUACUAUGAGACAUUUUUAAGAGAAAUGCCAUUUUGUCUCUGGCUUUUACCCUUCGGUGUUGUUGGCACUUUAGGCAGUCUAACCGGCUUCCGUGCCAUAGCUUUAGAGAGAGUGUUGUCCCGGCAAGAGUUGUAGCAAGGCACUGUGCUCAUUCUCACACUGCUUAUGCAUAAGUAUGGUGAACAGGCCUUACUCAUUGGAUUAAUAUAGUGAACCCAUAAACUCAGAGGAUGUUGUCCAUAAGAGCUCUGGCAAUAAAUUGCUGCUCAGGACUCUAAAUUCUUGGGCAAUAAAACAAAUCAUGGUUUAAGUGAUUCCUGAAAAAAACAAAUAUUCCUUUAUUGCCACAUUAAAUCUUUGAACUAUUGACACAAACUCUUUAACCACUACCCCACUCCCUAUGAUGCAUAAUUCUGAGGACUCAUCAGUACUGAAUAUUGGAAUACUUGCAAAGAAUGCUAACGGGUACCUUUUAUUCAUAAUAAAGAAUAUCUGAAUCUUUAAUACCUUGUUCAAACACUAAACUAAGUUUAGACAAUGAUCUCGUAAUAUACUUUUUUGAGAGUUUUAUUUAAUAUGACUCGUGAUCUGUGUCUAUGGAAUAUUAUCAUUCUGUUUCUAUAAGUUUGGAUUAAAACUUACUUGCUCUACUUAUUCCAGGUCUGACAUAUUUCCUUUUAAAGGGAUUCUAUAGUGUAAGGAAUACAAACUUGUAUUCUUACACUAUAGUUCCCUCUGCCCCAUCCUGGCACAGAAAGGAUUAAAAACUCUCUGAACACUUACCCGAUUUCAGCGCCCAUCUACCUUGGCAUGCAGAGCAUGAGGACAUCCAGUGUCAGGUGACCAAACGUCGCUAAACCACCAGGAAGUGCAUUUAGUGGCUGGCUGAAAGCCGCUAGAGGCAGACUUUGCAUUUCCUCAACUGCAAUGAUUUACAUUGCAGGUCUAAGGGGGACUGGUACACUGCACCCAUACCACUUCAAUGAGAUGUGGUCCAUGUGCCUGUAGUGUCCCUUUUAAGCAACCUGUUAAUGUUCAGAUACAGGAUUUAUUUUUAUUCUCUUUCAUGAUAAUUUUUUUUAUUUUUAAAGCCAUACAAUUACUCCAUUCAUAGUCCCAAAAUGUAUAAACUAUGAUAUAAAUGUUGCAGAAAAAAUACAUCUAAUCUUUACUGCAGAUGGUGCAUGGAUCCUUAUAUAUUUUUGAAACUGCCACGCAAAGGGAACAUCAGUAAUCUGCAAUUUAUCCUAAUUCAUGCAUUUUAUGCAAAAUAUGAUUUUACUUGCUUGUUUUGCAGGGAUAUUCCUGGCUGAUGACAAUGAAAAUCAAAAAUUGCUUGCUUCCUGGUAUAGGAGAGGUUAAACUGCAGUCUCUUGUGUCCUAUCUUGUAGAUAAGCAGAUGGCUCCUGUCUGCUGUCUCUGUAUUAAAGCCAAUCCAUUGCAUUGAUUUACUUUCAUUGCAUUGUGCAAACCUAAAUUGGGGAUAGCAGAGAGGCCACCAUGAAGAUGGGUUUAUAGUUCCAACAAAUGCCCUGGAACAUCAAUAAUGUCUAGAAAUAACCACAUGUUCUUCAAGAUGUUAACAAAACCUACACAAUGUUAGUGCUGCUAUACAGAAGGAUGUUGUUUGUAGAAGAUAUUUAUAAUGUAAUUCUUGGCUUCCAGAGGCAGAUUUUGUGCUCAUCUGUUAAAAUGAUAAAAGGACAGGACAUAGGCCAGUAUAGAUAACCUACAGGCUGUAGGUUCAUUUUUAAAAAAGUCAGAAAAUUGUUUGUGUACGUUUGCAUGUGUAUGUGUAUACCUCUCAAUACUCUUUCAACCUCUAACUUAAACACAUAUUAUAGAAUUAAUAAUUAUCUCACAGAAAUCUUGCAGUCACUUGGCUGGGAGAGCUGUAUAAAACUGUUAGUCUGACCGUGUGUAUAUCUUAACACCUCUAUCCUUUGUGCAUAAAUGUGAUCAUUUUGCCCUCAAAUAUUUUUUUCCUGUAAUUAUGUAAUAUUGCCUGCGUGUUCUGAUUUAAAUUUAAAGAGUAGCCUGUUUUUUUAAAUUUUUGUAAAACUGCAUUCAGAUGGAGUGCAAUAACCGUUUUAAUUGUGGUACUUAAUGCCAUGUCUUUGCAUACUUGAAAAGCAGAACAAUCUAAACUCCGAUAUUGACCUAACUUUUUAAAACCACUUUUCAGUUCACCUUUAUUCAAUGUGUCAUCAGUGUUGGCAUGUAGUAAGUUUUAUUUCUUGAGAGUUUAAAGGGACUUUCUAGUCUUUUUUUUUUCAUGUGGAUAAUGCAUUAAUAUUUCAAAACCAUUACCAGUACCUAUGACAAAAAAGCAUGUUUGCAUAGAACUUUGUCACAUGUGACCAAAACUCGAGAUGAGAGGUUCAUCUAAUUCGUUUUACCGAAUCUUUAUCAGCAGGCGAAUUUCUGACUAGCUGAACUGCCACGUGUACAAAAUUCUGUGUUUAGAAAAAAAAAUUCAGACAGUUUCUAGUGCUUGAAAUGUCCUUUUUAUAUUUAUAUUUACCACUAUAUCAAUAUAUUAGACUUGGGGACAAACCUUGUUUUUUCAUUCUUGGUAAGUAUUUUAUUAUAAAUCUUUGAUAAAUUCAGCAACACCUUUGGAAAGCAUCAUGGGUGUUAUAGUUUGUUGUUUGUGGGGGGGGGGGGGGGGGUUGUUUGUUUUUUAACCGCUAGGGAUCUCCCUUUUCUCUAAACUUUGAGUAAAGCAAUUGUUUAUGUUUUUGUUAAAGGAAGGAUCUCCCUUUUCUCUAAACUUUGAGUAAAACAAUUGUUUGUUUUUGUUAAAGGAACACUAUAGUCACCUAAAUAAAGCAGUUUUAGUGUAUAGAUCAUUCCCCUGCAAUAUCACUGCUCAAUUCACGGUCAUUUAGGAGUUAAAUCACUUUUUCUGUUUAUGCAGCCCUAGCCACACCUCCCCUGGAUUUGAUUGAUAGAGCCUGCAUGAAAAAAAACAACUGGCUUUACUUUCAAACAGAUGUAAUUUACCUUAAAUAAUUUUAUCUCAAUCUCUAAACUGAACUUUAAUCACAUACAGGAGGCUCUUGCAGGGUCUAGCAAGCUAUUAACAUAGCAGGGGAUAAGAAAAUCUUAAUUAAACAGAACUUGCAAUAAAGAAAGCCUAAAUAGGGCUCUCUUUACAGGAAGUGUUUAUGGAAGGCUGUGCAAGUCACAUGCAGGGAGGUGUGACUAAGGUUCAUAAACAAAGGGAUUUGACUCCUAAAUGGCAGAGGAUUGAGCAGUGAGGCUGCAGGGGCAUGUUCUAUACACCAAAACUGCUUCAUUAAGCUAAAGUUGUCCAGGUGACUAUAGUGUCCCUUUAAGCUCCUUUUGAUCCUUUUCCUUUUUUUUUUUUUUUCUCUUCCUCAUGAACUGCCAUGCAAAAAAAUUCAGACUAUUAUUUGCAUGGUGUUCUUUCACUUGUUUGUUAUAUGGCAAAUUCCUGUAGAUUUUAACACCAGAAGCAAAUAUGCUGAUUUAAAUAUUUUUUCGCAAAUAUGAUUCCAUAGGGUAUGUAAGUGUGAUUGCAUUGUGCUUGGCUCUGUGUGUGUGUGUCUUGAAAGAUUACAGGACUGCUCAAUAUAUUGUAUUCAUCCUGUAAUCUUGCAGAAGAACACCAGCACUUGGGAAGAAACGGUCCGGAUAUUUCUAGACAGACUCUGUACUAGAUAUAGAAAAAAUAUAAAUAUCAAAAGCCGCACGCUUGACAGGUGACCUGGACCUCCUGGGAUAAUCACAUAUUCUGAGGACAGAGGAAAAUGUUAUUUAUGUUUUAUUCUUGUAUUAUCUGUUUUUCUUUUCCCAAGCCAAGCCGGAUACAGCUGUUUUUAUUAAAAGACUUUUGAUUUUGGGGGAUUUUUUUUUUUUUAAAAUCCUGCACCUGAUAUAGGGUGCUUAUUUCAGUGGCCAGAUUCUAUGGUUUUCAACUUUGUUACCAUGGUCUCUAUACAGACCCUGUUGGACACUGUUUGACGUUUAUAAUUAAUGAGUUGGUAAGACUUUGAUGGCGAUAUUUUGUAAUAUUUGUUAAAUUUUUUAGUUUGUUUUGUUUUUAUAGAUACACAAUAUGAGACUUAUAUGCUGGGAUAAUAUGUUUUUUCUGAAGGAUUUUUAGAAUUCCAUGUCCCUGGUUUAUUGACUCAAUUUGCCUCCUGGGGUGAAGCUUCCUCCAAGUCUCCACCAGAUGCUAACUCCACGACUAUAGUAUGCAAAGUAUACGCCUACAGUGUGUACGGAUAGUCUAUUGCCAUUUAGUAGUGUUAUCUGUAAUUCAACAGACAACAUACUUUUUUUUUUUUUUUUUCACCAGAUUUAAACUUAGUGGUGCAAAUAGUUUUUUCCAAUUCCCUGUGCUAGUAAAUAAUUAAAAUAUUUGAUAUAAAAAAAAAAGACAUGCAAAAUUCCUGUAAAUUUUCUAGAUAUUGUGAAGGAAAAUAAUGAAGAGCAUGUCUGAAUCAGCUUACUGAUAGUAGAUAUCGAUAAUGUCUAGGAUAUGGAUUUCUCUUUAUUUAAAGAAUUUGUCUUGGGAACCAUACUGUUGCGAAGCUGGUACCUUGUGAUUUGUAGUCUUGCUGCUAUACUAUUUAGCCAACAUAAUGACUAUAUCUGGAUGCAUGUGAUACUAGGUUGUUGCAGUUGUCACUUGAGCUUAGUUAAUGCUGCUUGUUUAUACCUGUCCUAUAUUUUGAGCUUUUAUAUUGUUCUUUUCCUGUGGUGUUGGUUUUUUUAUUUUUUAUUUUUUUAUUUGUUUUAUUUGUGCCAGUUAAGACUGCGUCCAGUACUCUGUACAGCAUGACUAUUAUGCUUUAUGACCUAGUGGGCCAUGCCUGCUAUAUAUCUGUGGGUAUGCAGUAUUGCAGCCCCCCCAGACUAAGUCAUAACAAUUGUUUACAUUCAUAAGUUUGGAUUUCAACUGUCUUGGUAACUAGUUUACUUGGCGAAUACAUUUUAAUGAACUUACUUAUAGGGGAUUUAAUGGUACUCGUGUCUAAAUUUAUAUUUCACAAAUCCUUCAUGUUGUGGUCCUUUAACUCAAUGAAACCUAAUUAUAUUGCAUAUUGUAUUUUUUGUUAUGAAGUGUUUAUUGUACUGUAACUAUGAACAAAUCCUAUAUAUCAACAUGGACUCUGCAAUACCUCUCCAGUCUGUCAUUUGCAUACUGAGCCAGAUGAAUUGCAUCAAGGGAGGGACUGAUGAUCAGGAAAAACAAAAACAACAUUUUGCUCUGCUUGCAAUCCAUAAAUGUUUAGUAACAUAAUAUGUAGAUACAGUACCUUUAUAAAAAGUAAAAACUUGCCAAAUAAAAAAAUUCCAUUCCUCCUCAAUCUGUAACAAGGCAUAUCACGUUCAAAUAAAGCCAACACACUAAUGCAAAUACCAUAACAUGGAUGUAAACUUAUAAAUAAUAUAGAAGAAUUUACAUAUAUUGAUUAAACAGCUGACAGCAUUUUCUGACAGUAUUUAAUGUGGCGUGAAUAUGUAAUGAAUUGUUGGCCACAUUUGAACAGUAUGUUUAGAAUGGUAUGUUUGCCAGGGGGAUUGCGACCCCCGUUGGCACAUCUAGUUAAAAUUAUAUUGUUACAUACGCUACAGACACAGAAAUUUUUACCUCAUCUCCUUUUCUAACCCACCAGGAUCAAAGCAAAUGCAAGAUAGUGCAUUGUUUGAAGGUGUGUGUGUGUGUAUGCUUUACGUAUGUACAUACGUAAAUACUUAAAAUUAAUUAUACAUAGAGUGAAGAUUGUUUUUACCAUAAUCCUUGACCGUAAUGUUUGUGAUUAAUAUAGAAUCAGCUAAUGAGGUUUGAUGGAAUAGGAAAUUUUCCUGUGAAAGUAAGAUGUGUUAAUGCACUCUGCUGGUGUCACAAGAGCAAAGGAGCAAAUUGCUUUUUAGAUUAACAUUUAAUUAAUAAUGAGAUCUGCUAAGAGGCGUGCGAGUUUUGUGUGUGUAAAUGGGUAAAAAAAAUUAUGUUAAAACUUUUUAUCAUAGUGCUUUACAUUCAUGAUUGUUUACGUCAUGGAGUCCACAAUAAGUAGAGAUUCCUCCAGCUUGUUCUAAAAAUAAAAUAAAAUAAAUCAUUCUAAUGUAUUUGCACGCUAGCUCUAUGAAUAAGCUGCAUUCAUCCAUUUUGCCCCAUGUAUGGACUGCAUCCAUCCAUUUUUCCCCAUGUGCGGACUGCAUCCAUCCAUUUUUCCCCAUGUGCGGACUGUAUCCAUCCAUUUUGCCCUGUGUGCAUCCGUUCAGGCCCGGUGCAAACGAAGCCUACAAGCAAUCUGCCAUAUGGACAUACUGUAUUGAGUCAAAUUUAUAUAUUUCUCAAAGGUUUGAAAAAAUCUGUUCAGUAUACUUGCUAUGUGUUUGCAGAGUCCAAAAAAUUCUUAAAACUUAGGAGGGAAGAGAGAGAUUUUAAACUUCCCCAAUCUGUCCUUCCCGACCUGGCACUCAGCCCUUUUUAUUCUCUGUGGGCAGCCGAGACGUUAUGAUUAUAUUUCACAUAAGUAAGUCUUAUUGAAUAAAUAAUACCCUUAUGUAUUUUUAAUUGAGCCUGGGCAAGUGGAUAGAGUCAAAGGAAUUAAAAGGUUGCACUGAAGCUUAAGGUGAACCGCACACUUUGUUUAAACCAAGGACGAUUUGUCCUGUAAAUGAUCACAGGAAUGUUGAGCUUUAAAACUUAGUGGUUGUAACUUUGUAUAGAUCAUCUAGCGAUAAUUAUAAAAAUAGGCUAAAUAGUGAAAAAUAAGGACUAAACAAAAUUAACAAAACUAAAUAAAUACUAAAACUGCCAUGUAACACUGUAGUUAAAACAAAAACAUUUUUGGUGCAUAGAUCAAGUCUCGCUGCUGAAUUGUGUCAUUUAAAAGUUAAAUCUUUUUGUUUGUGUCUAUGCAGCCCUAGUCACACAUGUCCUGACUGUGACUGACACAACCUGCAUGGGGAAAAAACAAAACAAAUCAAUAAAAUGUUAACUUACUUUAGAAGUUUUUAUCUGCUGCUCUAUAAAUGGACUUUAAUCACACACACUUGUAAUGUCUAGCAAGCUAUUAGCAGUACAGGAGAUAAGAAAUUCUAAAUUAAACAGAAUUUGCAAUAAAGGAAGUGUAAACAUUAGAUGACUUGUUAUAGGAAGUGUUUCGGAAGACCGUGCACAUUACAUGAAGGGAUGACUGGUAUAAACAAAGUAAUUUAACUCCUAAAUGGCAGGGAAUUGAGCAGUGAAACUGCAGGGGCAUGAUCUAUAGAUUAAAACUGCUUCAUUAAAGUUGUCUUGGUGACUAUAGUGUCUCUUUGAGUUUGGAAAUAGCUACAACCCAUUAGAUAAAACAAAUCAGACAUCAGUGCUGUUGAUCUAAAAAAAAAUGAAACACAAGUAAAUUAAGUGACAUGACAAAAUCUGUUUACUCUGGAUCUGUUUUAAUUAAUAUCGCUUUUCACUUGAAAUGCCUGUUAAAAGAGUAGUAAUGGUAUUAAAAAUAAUGUACAACAAGAAAAAUGCCUGAGCUAAGCAAUUGUUUUUAAAUAUGCAGAAUAUAAUAUCAACUGCUUUAAAAGUGGGAACAAAUUGAGCACGCUAUUCAUUAAACAAUGUGUAGUGAACAAAAAUCUUUCCAAGUUCAGAAUAAAAUGGCAGUUGAAAAUAAAACGUAGAUUAUAUUUUCGCUUAUUUUGCAAAUAAACGUGACUUGCAGUUUGAAGAAUGUAGAAGUCACUGUGCUAUCUCAGAAAGGCAAAAAAAAGUAAACAAUGAAAAUAAGAAAGGCAAGGUUUGGGCAGAAGUUAUCCUUUUACUGAACCAUGUUUAUGGGAUGGCAAAAUAAACACGUUCCUUGCAGAUUAUUUGCAAGAAAACAAAUUUGUAGGGAAAUUGGCUGUUUAUGUUGAUGCACAAAUACUCAUAAUCUGAUUCCUCGCACAGUGAAUUUGCCAUUCAUUAGCAUUAAGUAAUGCACAACUACAUAAAUGUAGAGCGAGACAAUUCCAAAUCCAUUACCCAUUAUGCUGUUGAAGGAUUUACUGUUUUCUAAUUUCCAAAUUCUGAAUGUCCUACUGCAUCACCUGCACCCACUUCAUCUCAAUGUGUGUGGUAUCCCUAAUCUCUCCUGGUAGUCUGAGUAUCUUGUACAUAGAUAUUAAACACCAGCUGUCAUGGAAAUUUUGUCCAACCAUCACAGUUGAUUGGAACUGAUUAUGCCUCAUCACUUUUGCAAUUCAGGACAAAUGUUCAUCCGUUCUGAAUUUUUAUUUAUUCCUUUUAAAACCAUAUAAAAUCAAUGACCACUCCUAAAAUAAAAAAUAUUUAUUGUUUUGGAGCACACCACAAUGGGCUUCUUGGCGACCGAACUCAGGACUAAAAAACAGAAAAAAAGAAUGUACGAUAAAGGCAAUAAUUACAUCUCAAUCCUUUUUGUGGGCUCACAUUAUUGUAAUGUAAGCACCUUUUAAGUAAUGUAUGCAAUUUUUAUUAUUUUUCUGCUUUGCCUUUUUUUUUUUUAUGUUUGUCCAGUUUAUAUUUUAAUGUGGGAGGACUCUGAUUUCUGUACACUUUAAACAGUGAUUUGGAAGGAUCAUUCCUUUUUAUUUUGGUGCAUAACGUGAGCCAUUGAAGAAGCUCUUAAAGUUGUGAGUAGCUACAGUGAAAAUGUAAUCUAUAUCUAUGGUAUAAUCUAUACUAUAAGACAAUAUUUUACAGUCCGUGAUUAAUUUAGAAAAUUCAAAUUCUUGUGGAAAUACCUGCAGUGCUUAUAAAAGUAUUUCAAUUUAGCCUGUACGAGCAUAGCACACACGGUUACCAAUUUUAAUGUGCAAGACUGAAAAUAAACCAAAAACCCCCUUCCAGGAACACCCAUGAUCUGAGUUUUGAUAGACUCAGAGGAGCAAUUAUCCUUGGACCAUACCAUCCAAGUUGGAGGACAAUAUUAUUAAGGUCAGUCAGUACUGGCGAGCUGCUUCUCUCAGAUUUAUAUCUAUAUUUGUGACUGAUCUCCCAUUAUCACUGAUUCAUUAUGGGUAUUAUUAUCAUAUUACAAGGACAAACAGAGCUCAAGUUAAAAAUGCCCUUUGAAGUACAAUCAUUUCCAUCUCUGUUCUUGUGUUCAAUGAACCUCAGUCACCCCUUUCUCCUUCUUCUGACCAGCAUUUCAAAUAACACUUUUUACAACAGUUGCAACAGCUUUGGUAGAUAUGUUCUCAGAGUGUAAAUAUGUCAUAGUGUCUGGCUUACAGUCUGCCAGAAAACUACUCUGCUUCAACUUUCACUCAAUUUUGUAACAUUAAAUAGUCUAAUUCCCAUUUCCUGGGAUCCUGCAAUACUUGCAGUUAUUUAAAAAAAAAAAAAAUAUGUAUUGUUUGUUUGAAGAUUUUUUAUUUUAUUACUUUUUUACUUAUAUUUUUACCAACGUAAAAUAAUCACAAUAUAAUAUAACUUUUUGGAAUCUGAAUUGAGAUGUGCUGAGUGAGACCUUGUAGAACUUCCCACACACGCGCACACACACGCACACACUACUUGUAAUAGUAUUGUUAAAAUAUAAACCUAACUCCUGUUGUGUAUGUCUAUCUGUACUAUCUCAAGAGGCUCCUGGAUGAGUUAUACUUGAAUUUACCUAUUUGUUAUGUUGUUUGGAUCUUUACAGAACUUACAGGCAACUUAUUUAUUUAUAAAAUAUUUUCCAAGAAUUUACUGUUUUCAAGUAUUUGCCCUAAUACAGUUUUGUGUGAUACAGAAUAUUCAGUUAUAAUAGUUAAAAUGUGGAGUAACAAUUUGUUAAUCCGAGGAGAGAUUUUGGAGUCAAGACGGAUUUUUUUUUUCUCCCAUUUUUCAGCAAAAUUGGGCAUUGCAACAAAUUGGAUCCACAACAGAAACUGUUGUGUGUGAGGUUGAACUUAAUGAACUUUUCUUUUUUUUGCCAGCUAUAUUAACAUGGAACUGUGUAGUUAUAUAGCAUUUUUUUUUUUUUUUUUAAAUCAUGAAAAUGUCAGAGUGCAUAUACCCCCACACAGUGUCACAUUAGAAGAUGUUUGGUACAUGCCAGUGUACUAACAUACAUACUCUCAUGCCAGGGACCAUUCAAAAGACUCAGACCAGAGCCCACCCAAUCCAGUGCCUCUCACACUCACAAAUUCUUAUUUUUUAUUUUAAUUUAAAUCCAACAAGCCUAACUAGCUUUAAAAGAGCAGGAAUUGAUCCUUACCCUGGGGUCCAGUGGGGCUGCUCCCUCGAGCGCUGUUUAGUGAUGCUGGACUGGAGUGAUGUCAUAUUCCUGCUCUCAGCAUCACUGCAGGGCGUGCAUGGGAGCAAAGCAAGAAUAUUUCAUCUCCCCGAGCCUGCCUCCUUCAUUCUUCCUCACCUGCCCUCCUCGGAGGGGCAGAAUUCCUAGUCGCCAUGGUUUGUCAAGCCCUGAUAUGACUAAAGAUCAUCUGGAAUGAGGAUCUCAUCAAGGUAUGAGUGGCUGUCCAGUGCUGUAUUACCAGCUUUCUUAUGAAGGAGAGGUUGAUCAUGUACUGUAAGGAACACUAACACUAACAAUACAUAUAUCUAAUGUUUGUGCUCUUUAAAGGACCAUUAUAGGCACCCAGACCACUUCAGUUCAAAGAAGGGGUCUGGGUGCCAGGUCCAUCUAGGGUUAACCCUGCAGCUGUAAACAUAGCAGUUUCAGAGAACUGCUAUGUUUACAUUAGGGUUAAUUCAGCCUCCAGUGGCUGUCUCAUUGACAGCCACUAGAGGCGCUUCCGCGCUUCUCACUGUGAAAAUCACAGUGAGAAGACUCUGACGUCCAUAGGAAAGCAUUGAGUAAUGCUUUCCUGUGGACUGAUUGAAUGCGCGCAUUCGGCGCUGACGUUGGCAGAGGGAGGAGAGUUCCCAGAGGGAGCCCGGCACUGGAGAAAGGUAAGAGUUUUUAACCCCUUCAGCCCGACGAGAGUGGAACCCUGAGUAUGGGGGGGACCUAAAGUCCCUAUAGUGCCAGGAAAAUGAGUUUGUUUUCCUGGCACUAUAGUGGUCCUUUAAUAUAAAAUACAUGCAUAUAUAUGCCAAAACACAUUAAUACUCCCCACAGUGUAAAUAGAAAAAUUACUGUUGUGCAUCACCUGCAUAUUUCAAGUUUGACUUUGGAAAGUCCCCCUUGGGCACAAAUGGGUACAGAAGCUUCAAGAAAUUGUUUUCAUGGCUAUUCCCAGUUAGACAUGCAAAUAUAUAUAUAUUUAUACUCUGUAUAAAUAUAUUUCACAUACAACCUGCAGCUCAACUACUCAUAGAGUAUGUUUCUUAUAUUUAGUUUUUUAGGAUGUUUGGUACCAAUUCUUCAGACUAUGCAUUACAUAUCAAGUUUAGGGAAAUAUAUUAACCUCCGUUAUUUAUGAACACUAAUCCGUAAUUCUGUUUGUUGUAACAAAAAUGUAGGCGGAGUCCUAGUCUAGUGUUUCCUUAUUUGCAUACGCAGCACAGAGGCUGCUGGGGAAUCUUGUUCAGCAUUAAAACAUGAAAGACAUUCAACUGCCCGCACAAACAAACAAAACUAAAAAAAACACUUCUCUGAAUCCUUUGCAAGCCCUCCCCUACUAGCCCCGCCCAGAUUUUCUGUGGCUGUCCAAUCACAGACUUCCCAAUAAAGCUCAAUGAGAAGUCUUUUUACAAGUCAUGCUAUGUGGGCAAUUGGCUGCCUCUUGAGUGUGGCUGCACUAAGCUAGACAACUAGGACGUAACAUUACCAGUUCUCUUACAGCCAGAAGGGUGUAACCAGUAUAAUUCAUAAUAGUAUCAAUUUGUAUUGAACACUUUUUAUAAAAUGAAAAAAUACACACUUUUAACACAUAAAGCAUUUCAGCAACUUGAAGUAUUAGAGGGGUCUGGAAUUUUCCUUUCAAAACACUUUUUUUAAACACAGAAUGAAAGGGCUGCACCAGGGUUCUCCAGACACUGCUUUCACUUUAAUUAGAUAAGGCAGUUACAGUGCCUACACUGACUCUGUUUUCCAAUCUUACAAACAUUACGUUUUUCUCACUGUACAUUGAACAAGUACAUGUAAAUUGCAUUGUUUACAGACAGCACAAAUAACAUUGCUUAAGGUAAUCCGGGAGAUAAAUGAAAUGGAGAAGAAUCGUCAUGCUCAAAUAAGUCAAAAAACUCUCAUCCAUGUAUUUAAAACUAAUCAAUGCUUAAAAUAUUGUUUUUAUUUGCUUGUUUGUAAUUAACCUAACCAUUAGAGCAGCAUCUUUAAACAUGAUCAUGUUAUAUAAAAAAAGCUUUACAGUUGAACUCUUUCAGGACAGCUCGUAGUCUCUACUGCUGGGACGUGAGCUAUACAAUGUCCCAGUGCUUAGCAUUAAAUUAGUCAUCAGCACUAGGAUUAAUUUGGGAUCAGUAGGAACCCAUUUAGUACAAUCUGUUGUAGCUUUAGAGAUAAGGACUAUGUUCGAUGUGACACCACCCCUUUUUAUCUUUGAAAUCUUAGCACGUGCAUAAUUGCAGUAUUCUAAUUUAUUUUUUUACCGUUGGAUAUUUAUUAUAAUGAAGCAUAGUGUUUAUAUUGUAUAGUUUUUGUGUUCCUUUUUUUUGUUUGUUUUUGUUUUUUUACUGAAAAAUGUACUGAUCCAUUAAUGCUCUCAAGAAUGACCUUAAAGGAACACUGCAAACACCAUAACCACUACAUUUUGUUUUGGUUUUGUUGUCAAGUGUGCCCCACUAUACUCCCUGUUGCAAGGAUUCAGACCGUUUUAGUGUGUGAUUGUACGUAUGUGUGUAUAUUUAUCUUUAUAUUUUUCCCUGAUUGAAAAAGUGUUAAAGCAUUUUACAACUGUAAAAAAAUGAGAAACCUAGUUUUGUUGUUGAACCCUGCUUGUCAUGAAAACCCACGUUGUGUUUAUUCUUGCUUUAACGGACAACUGUCACCUCAAAACUAUUCUAGCAUGAUAAAAAAAUACUUUAAAAAAAUUUUUUUUUAUAGAAAAGUAUGUGUUAAAUAAAACUAGAAAAACAAACCCCUGAUUUUAGUGUAUGGAUUCUUCAGCCAUAUACAUACAUACACCUUGGGUCAAUCCUGACCAAGGCAGGACACAUAGGAAGAAGUUUUGCCUGUCAAAUAGGGUUGUUAUUAAAAGUAGAGAGAAAUAAUAAGAAAAUUUUUUUCUUCUUUCUUUUUUUCCUUAAGUUUAUUAUUCUAUAUUGAGACAUUUGUGUUAACUUUUACUUUAAUUUGCAAUUAACGUUCAGUGUUUUGUAUUUUUGUAAUUGCUUUAUAUUAUGUAGCAUUAGGUCCGCUAUAAAGAAGAUUACAUUUGCCUAGGUUGUCAGUCAAAUAGAUUUCAUUAAAACGCACAAUUUUGAUGUUCUUCUGAUGGAUUUAUUUCAUUACAAACCAUGGUAAAAGGAUUGCUUUCUUUGAAACUUUGGCUUAAUCCCUUGAGAAUUCUGUCAUUUUAAAACACACGUGUGCACGCACACACACUUAAAGUUGUGGAAGUAUAUUAUAUUAGUGAUAUAACUAACUCACUAAUUAACGUCAUGUGACUUUUAUUUGCAUGAAUGAAAUUGCUCACCAAUGCUGCAUAGACUGCUGUACAAGCUCUUGGAGAGUCCAUUGCAAAUCACAUAGCUGUAGCAAUAAUUGCAAACUCUAAAUUAGAACUUGCUUUUAAUCAGAGACAGUUCCUAAUAACCUAUGACAUCAAAGAGUGGAUGAUGGCUUUACCUGCACCAAUUUUAGAAUACCUAGCUAAUGAAUAGGGUGAAGGGAGACCAGGAGAAAGAUAUCAAUGCUCUUUAAUCUUUGAAGAAGCGUAAGUGGUUGUGGUGCUUUGAGUGUCCCUUUAACUGAUGCUGUCAAUGUUCUCUUUGUUUCUGGUCGUCUUUGAACAGACUGCAGAAUGUUCAGAAUAUCUCGCAUACAUCUUUGUUGGAGAACACAGGUGCUAUAUGAAAGCUUUAGUCAUAUACUUUUUGUUUUGUCCCUAUGAUCUCCUUUUCAUCCUCCUCCUACUACUUGCACUCUACAUGCAUCCCUAGCCCUCCCCCACUCUACCCCCAUCAACUGCAGAUUUAGUUAUGCAUAGACAACUGUAGCAGAAAAUCUAAUUUGAUGAUUAGCAGAACUGCCAGGAUCACUUCAUGUCAAGAGAUGCUAUCUCUCUGCUUUCUCACUGAUUAAUCCCUCUCACAAAACAGCUGCAAUGAACUUGCCCCUAAGGGCUGUUUGUAGCCAUCAAUAUAUCUCAGCAGUGUCCCACCUAUUGAAGACUGCCAGGGAUACAAAAGGUAUAGCUUCCAUGUGCUGCUCUCUUUGGAACACACACAGGAAACACAGUAGUGUUUUGUAGCUUGUAGUGGUUACUUUUAUUUUGUUUUGUUUUUUUCUUUUUCUAAUUUGUUUAACCCCUUAACGCCGUUACGGCGUUCUAUGCCAUCCCGCAUUAAAUGGGUUUUAAAGCCGUUGCGGCGGCAUAUAAAUGCCGUAACGGCGUUAAGGGCUGUGGAUCUGCCAGCAGGGGGACUGUCUGAAAUGUCAGACAGUCCCCCUGCUGGUGGGAAAGUAAAAAAAAAUAAAAAAUGAAACAUGUUUUAAAAUAAAUUAAAUGUGUAUAUAUAAAAUAUAUAUUUAUUAUAAAUAUAAUAUAUAUACAUCUUAUAUGUAACGUGAUACGUAAUGUAUUUUAAUGUUAAUAUAAGUACAUAUAUGAAUCUUAAAAUACACUUAGAAUGACGUUACAUAUAUAUAUAUAUAUAUAUAUAUGAUAAUACAUAUAUAUAUUUUAUGUUUAUAUAUACGUAUAAUUACAAUAGUAAAUCAAUAAAAUUAUAAAUUUUAAUUUUUUUUAAUUUAAAUUAUAUAUACAUAUGUAAUGUCAUUCUAACUGUAUUUUGUUAUUAAUACAUAUAAAUUGGUAACAAAGAACACUUGGACUGACAUUCUAUAUAUAUCUAUAUAUAAAAUAUAAAUAACUGCACAUAUUUAUAUAUAGAUAAAUAUAUAUAUAUAUAUAUAAUUACAUAAAUAACUACAUAAGUAUACACGUAGAAUUUAAAUACAUAUAUAUGUGUAUAUAUAUAUAUAUAUGUAUAUAUAUAAAUUCUACAUGUAUGCUUAAGUAAUAUUUUAACAUAAUUAUGUGAUUUAAUUAAUUGUUGUAAUAUGUUUUACUGUUUUGAAACACUUAUGUUUGUGUUCAGUGAAGUCUCCCAAGUAUAACAGUACCCCCUAUGUACAGGUUUUAUGGUGUUUUGGAAGUUAGAGUCAAAUAUAAGGCUUGCAUUUAAUUUUUUUUUCACAUUGAAAUUUGCCAGAUUGGUUACGUUGCAUUUGAGACCGCAUGCAAGCCCAGGAAUGAGAAUUACCCCCAUGAUGGCAUACCAUUUGAAAAAGUAGACAACCCAAGGUAUUGCAAAUGGGGAGUUUUGAGUAUUAAAUAGGAACUGUGACCCUAUUUAAAUGGUGAUGAGUCCUUGAAGGUGUAGUGGCCUUGAUAUCUGCAUGUACGAAUAUACAAUUGGGCAUCUAACCUUUUUUUUUUUUUACCUGCAAAUUCCUCCAAUGAUGUCAUACAUGCAUGUGCCUGCGUGUUUUAUAUUCUUCAUCUUGCAGAUGAAAGUGCUUUUUAUGUAGUAGAUCUCACCUUAAGUGACACCAAUAAGAUGCAAAUUUAAUACAAAAAGUAAAAAUUACAAAUUAGAAUUUAAAAACGUCACAGCUAUUAUUUAGCUUUUAGUGAACUAUUACGUUGUACUGAAGCAUAAUUGACAUUUAAACCGUAAACGUGGGUAGACUUUAAAGGUGUUACUCCAAGCACCAUAAAAACUUCAGUGGAGUUCUUGAAACAUACAUAGACUAACCGCUUCACAGCUGGAGGUGCCACCUCAGAUAGUGUUAUUAAAUAGCUUGCUGGCUUAUGUCAAUUGUGUGCAAAAUGUAGGUGUCAAAUUACUUUUGUUUCUGUUUAUGCAGCCCUAGCCACACCUCCUAGUGACUGACCCAGCCUGCAUGGAAAAAAUAUAAUUUUCAAUCAGAUGUUAAAAAGACACUCCAAGCACCAAAAAAAACUAAUCUAAAUUAAGUUGUUAUGGUGCCAGGAGGCCCCUGAAGGCACUCUUACCUCAAGAGGUUAAUAACCACAGAGACAAUUUUAAAGAACGGUUUAACCCAUGAGGUAAGAGUGCCUCCAGUCACCAUAACAACUUAAUUUAGAUUAAGUUGUUUUGGUUUCUAAAAUGUCCCUUUUAAAGGGACACUGUAGGCAUCUAGACCACUUCAGCUCAUUGAAGUGGUCUGGGUGCCAACUCCCAUCACCCUUAACCCUAGAGUGGUAAUUAUUGCAGUUUUUAUAAACUGCAAUAAUUACCUUUGAUGGUUAACUCCUCCUCUUGUGGCUGUCUACAAGACUUCUGGGCAGAUAGGCGACUUUUGAUCGCCUAAACGACGUUGGACGUCCUCACGCUAUGCAUGAGGACUUCCAGCAUCACCGAAUCCCCAUAGGAAAGCAUUGAAUAAUGCUUUCCUUUUGGGAAAUCCUAAUGCAAGCGCAGCCAUUCAUUCGCAUUAGGUCUCCCUAGAGCGUGGGCGGAGCUGAGCCAGCGCCGAGGGACAUCGUCUCUGGGCCAGGUAAGUGACAGAAAGGGUUAUGAACCCCUUCUGCACCACGGGGGAUUGGAGGGGGGCCUUGACAAAGUGGGAAGCUAUAGUGCCAAGGAAACUAUUUGUUUUCCUGGCACUAUAGUUUCCCUUUAACUUCCUUUAGACGUUUUAUACUUAUGCUCUGUACAUGAAACAUUAAUCACACACAGGAUGAAGGAGAUACAACGUUCUAAUUUAAACAGAUUGUGCAAUAACCAAAGUUUAAACAUUUGAUCUCUUUAUAGGAAGUGUUUCGGAAGGGAGGUGUGACUAGGGCUGCUUAAAUAAAAUGAUUUAACUCCUAAAUGGCAGGGAGUUGAGCAGUUAUACUGGAGGGGCAUUAACUAUACACCAAAACUGCUGCCUAUAAUAAAUUUGGGGAUGUGGGAUGGAUCAGCCAUGAAGGGGUUACUACAACCAAAACUGUUUAGCUAUUUCUGGGCUAAUUCCUUCUAAUAUUUACCUAUUUAAUAUCAGCAUUUUUUCCCUUUCAUUAGUAAUAAAAAUAAUCCUAUGUAAGUAAACUAAAUAACAUCAGUACCAAAUUAAACUCAACUUGUUAAUCAUGAACACAAAGUGCUUCUAUUGUUAUUUCCAGUGAUUGCUUUGUUAUUUUGUUAAUUAUUAGCCCCUGACCUAUCUUAAUCGCCUGAUUGUCAAAGAGGCCAGUUGCAGGUUGCUGCUUCAUAUGGUUUGUGAAGGGAUUAAAUGUCCCUCUGGCUUUUUACUGAAAGUACUGUAAUUAACCCCUCCCUGUCACAGACCACAGGCUAUGUGCUAUAGAUUUAUUUAUUUUUUAUUUUAGUUUUUUUAAGCAUACGGAUCAAUGCUUUUGAGUCUUUGUAUAAAAGUUUGGAUGGAUGGUUGGGGGAGAUCUUUGAACUUCAGUGCAUUGAAAGGUGCAGUUGAAUGAUGCACACGUUAAUUUGAGGAAUGUUGCAGUCAAAACACUUCAGUUGUAUGAAAACACGCAAUGACGACUCUGUUUAAGUCUGUUUAAAGGGCACUACACUAAAUCACUUUAUAUUUUUUUUUAUUUACUUCUCAGCCUUGUUUAGUUCUGUGUGCUUUUUCUGCUGAAAUUCUUUUGUAACAUUUAGCAUCUGGAUUAUUCCUGAUGUUACAGGUUUACUGAAUGUACCCAAUCAGGGAGGAAAAACAAAAACUAGGUUCUCUGCACAUUGACAUGCGUUUCAUCCUGCUCUGGGAGUGCAUGUGUGUGCAAGGGCAGUUGAGGUUAACACUAAACUCUGGCUGCACCUUAUUUAUGCAAGUAGCAUGGAUUCAAGAUUUAGAUUUGAAAGGGUUACUCCAACCACCAUGACCACUUCUGCUAUAUAAAGUGGUCACAGUGGUAGGGGUCUGGAAGUACAGUGUUUCUGCUUGAAACAUAGCAUAUCCAUAGAUAUUCUUAAUUUUGUGUUGGGGCUAGAUACACCCCCAGGACACCUGACUUACGCAGCCCAGAACUCUGCACUAAUGUCAGUUCUUUGCAUAAAUUACGUCUGUCGUCAGUGCGCACUGCACAGAUAUGUCGAGGGAAAUAAAUGCAGGCUCUACCUACAAGGGAGAAGGUCUUAUCUCCCCACCUUCCCACCCACACCGAGAAAAGCCUCCCAAUCCUCUGUGUGGAUAUUUUUCUUUAUCACCCCCUCCCUCCUUCUUUUUUCAUUCUCUCCCUUUCAAACACUCUGUGCGGGCUUUCAGCAUGCGCAUUUGCUGUGAGCGCGUUAAAUCCUCCAAUCAAAGUCUUCUCAUUAAGAUGUCGGCACAGCCCUCGUGUCCCGAAGAUGGGGAACCACUGGGAUCUUCACCUGGUGCUGCAUUACAGUGAUGACUGGAUAACAGUCAUUUUGGGGCACUUACAGAAUAAUGCCAAUAGGCCGUUAUCCAGAUAAAACUGAAAAAUGAUUGGAGAAAUCCUUUAAUCUCAUUUGAGCAGGACUUUUUUUUAUCUCUGGUUUCUGUUCAUUUGCCAUUUACUUACGGUUUUAUAUCCCCUAUGCAAAAUUAUAAAGCUUUGUGGAAUAUGGUGGCAAGGCCAAAAUAAUUGGCCCCAGUCUCAAUGUACCCAAGCAGGCACAAAUACUCACAUACCUUUACACACAGAUACAUAUGGUUUGUUGAUGCUAUGUAAAUGAUAACGAUGUCAGGCUUCGGUGGUGACAUCAGCAAGGGGGCAAAGCCAAGCAUUAUAUGCAGUUUAUUUCUAAACAGCUAUUUGAUGGAAAUAUAUAUUUAAUUAUGUUGUUUCAAAAAGUCGACCAAAUUACAUGCUGUAGAUAGUCAAACUCAAACCAACAUAAUGUAUAAUAAUGUACAAAUAAUAUAAAUUUUGACUUCUUUGACAAAACUACAAUAAUCUGCCAAUAUUGAUUCCAUCUAGAACGUUCAUUAUGGAAUAUCUGGCUUCUCAUUUAGUCCACCCGGUUAAUCUUUAUAACCUAGUGGUCUAAAUCUUUGUCGCCAAACUUGCCCCCUUCCCCACCAGUUCCUUUGAUAAAACGGGGGUCGGGGGAAGGGGAAAAGAAAAGGGGGAAAAAACAAUGCAAAGAAAAAUAAAUCACAAGCUCUCUACAAAAUGUUCUGCAAACUCCUCAAUUUGCCUUUGAGAGAGAGCGGGAGGACAGAUGGAAUUUAGACAGGCGUUUAGAGUAAUUACUCUGUAACAAGGAUUUUGUUGUGAAAUUAGUAUCUUAAGGAGGUGGCACUGAUAUCUUUCAAAGGAUGAAUACCUCAUUAAGAAUCUGAAUCAAGAAAAUAGGAAAGUGGCAGUUUGCAAUUGGUGCUCAGCAGACACCUGCCUGGUUUUAAAUAACCGCUUUGUCCUUCGUCUUUUAAAAACUUGUAUCAGUUUUGCUGAACUGCUUUGUUUAAGUGAUACAAAUCGCUUGUGUUUUGCAUACCAUGGAAGAUCUGUAAUUCCAAAAAUGUAUGUCAAAGGAAGAUAAUCACGUCUGCUUGCAAGUUUAUAAUACCUUAACAUUAGCAAAGGUGUUCUUAUGUCAUGGUAAAGAUGGCCAUUAAAAGCUUUAAUGUUCUGCUUUCUUUACCUAACAAAUAGAAGAGGACAUGUGAUUUGAAGUCGGAUUAGAUCCAGUUUAGAUGCCUAGAUUAGAUUUUGCAUUCAGUCAUUAUUCAGACAUCAUGACUCUUGUUAUAAGCACUUUAAAAUUAUCCUACGCAUUCAGUACACCAGCUCAUUUGUUCCUUUCAUAAUGCUAAGAAUCCGAUGAAAAUAUAUUUACAUGAACUUUUUUUUUCCUUUUUCAUCUUCUUUGUGUUUUAUACAUAAAACGUGAAUAUUGCUUGUUUUGGGCAGUUUCCUAACUUUUACGGAUAAUUUUUUGCCAACAUAACAGAAGCUUUGUAAGGAUACACGCCUGCCAAUUUUUCAACAAUAUUUUAGUAGCUUCACAGGAGCAAUUUAGUAAUCUCUUAAUACAUAUAUAACUACUAUGUUAGCAUACAGCUUGGUAACACUGUGUUUAAAUGAAUGGUAUCUACAUACACAAAUUAGUUUUACAUUAGUGUGCAUAUACGUUGCAUCUUAUUAUGAAAUUGUGUAAAUUUCUAACAUUUUAGGAGCAAAUCAGUGGCAUCUUGCUGUAUAAAUUAGUCGUAUUUAUGUGUGCAAAUGAAUCUUUUAAUAUGUAAAUUAUCAGCACCUGUGUAAGCCAUGUUAGAACAUCUUUCUAAACACUGCAUUAUACAAUUAAGCUGUAUUUCUGUAACCUCCUCUAUUAAGAUUCAAUCACAGUGUUUACAGAGGGUAUGUCCAACUUUUACAGUUAAAUGAUGCACCAUUUUUUGUAAAGUCAGCUGCUAUGUAAAUUGCAUAGAAUACUACAAAAUAAGUAGGAAGCUGUUACUGACCUUUGAAUGACGAUAAUUGUACUAUGAUUAAGCUGACCGUAUAAAUGUAAAGCUAACUAAAAACAAAUCGAUACCGAAAGAUGUAAUCACUGCCAACACUGGCCUAGUAAAUUUAGAGGGAACAAUAUUCUAAUAAUGCUUAUUAACCAAGGAGAAGGUAUGCCACUGCCUCAAGGUCUACAGGAGUGUCCAGAUGACCCCCACCCACUGUAAGUAGUCAAAUUAUUUACUAAUGGUUUGACUGCUUACCUGGAGUUCCCAGAGCAUGGCUCCCUAACUCAUUCUGGCCAUGAGAGCUGUAAAUGUAAAUCAUACAUUGGCUCUCCUGAGCUAGCACAGCAGACAUAGCUCAUAGGCUGAGAGCAUCAGCUGAUCACAUUCAUGGAGUGAGGUAAGCAAUGCACUUGUGGUCUUAGCUCAGGCAGAAAGCUUCUGGUAGCAGAAACAAGGGAGCAGUGCCCAGUGCAUGCCAGGUAAGAAAUCAUAUUACCAAAAAGUUUACUACUUAUACAGGAGGGGGGGUGACCAUGACCACUGAACUAUUCACUCCUCCCUCCCCCCUUUAUCCUGGUUUACAAAAUAAAAAAUGCAUCUCAUCAUGUAAUAUAAAAAAAUAUAUAUAUAUGUAUUUUUUAUAUAUAUAUAUAUAUAUAUAUAUAUAGCCUUAUUGUCUUGUUGUCUUGUACCUUACAUGCCCCAGAAAUAUAUUGACAGGGGCUUGUUUUAUCUUAUGUGCAUCUUGGCAGUGAUUAUUUAAUGGACACUUUCUGCCUUCCCACACUGCUGUAUUAAUCAUCAGUAUGCCGGUACCUGCAAACUCCUUUACAGUUAUGGUAGCUAGUAGUCAUCACUUUCCAAAAUGUAUUAUACAAAGUGAUAGACAGAAAAAUAAAUUUCACAUGCUAACAUACUAGGAAUAAGACUAUUCUAAAUAAGCAACACUACUCUGAUACAUGUGUUUUAUUUAUCACCCCUCCACCCACCCCGGAUUGUGAAAGCAUGAACUCUGCCAGCAAUCUAUCCAUAUUUGUAUUUUAACCUAUUUUUGUUAUGGCUCAUAAAAUGCCUGUGUGCCAAGGGACACGUGAAGACAGACUUUCACAUGUUCCUAGUGUGUCGUGCUUAGGAGAAUGAAAUGGUGUUUAUCUGCGAUUACCAUCCACUGAAAAUGUUGACUUAACGUAAAUUGCUCAGGGUUAUUCAGGGUGCUCAGCUAGUGAGCUGUGUGGCAGGUAUCAAAAAUAUGUCUUAAAGUACAACACUUUUAAACAUCGCUAUUCCCUGAAAAUAAUCGCAAUAGCAGAAUCGCUUAUAGAGAUCAUAUUUAAUAUGCUUUUAAAAUAUUUUUUUAGAAUAUUAUGUAUAAUGUCAAUAUUUUUGUUUAUAAAUACGAUUCUCGUGCUGCAUUUUAGCCAUAUAUAUAAACCCUGUUUAGUGCAAAAUGUCUUGAAUUCAAAGUGAAUUUCAAAUUUAAAGGGACACUUUAGGCACCUAGUUCCCUCUAUCUUAUUGAAGUGUUCUGGGUGUAAUGCCCCUGUUGUUUUAACUGUACAACUGAAAACUUUGCCGUCUUGCAGGAACAGAAAUGUUUACACAUCAAGUUUAAAAUGUCUCUAGUUGGAUUGGCUGAGAUCAUCAAUAUUGAUGGUCUCAGCCUAGGAGGCGGGGCUCCGUCACGGAGAAUGGCACACCUCAGUGUGUCAUAAGUUUGCCAUGGCUAAAAUUUUAAAUUCACCUUUAAUUCACCUUGAAUUCUCAUUUUAGUGAAUAACCUUGUAACACUCUGUGUUGGGUAUACUUUAUACCUUCAAUGUCUUAGGUUUUAACCAAUGGUAAAGUUUUAACCUUUUAUGUGUGCUUAUAAUUAUACAAAUCAUAUUUUAAUAAAUAUUGCAAAUAUAAUGGGCGAUGUUGGCUGGCAACUAUGGUUUUCCUUCAAUUAUCCCCCUUUUUAUUUUUUUUAUAUAUAUAUUUUUUUUUUUAGAUUACUGUUCGAAUGUCUGCCUAAUAUCUACCAAUCCAUCACAUUUGUAUAUUUAUUUUUAAAAAUGUGGCUUUAUAUAACAAGUGCUGUUGCAAAAUAUAGAUAUUUGGUUAUCAUGGAGAAUAGUCAGCACUCUAAUAAAAAAAUUCUCUAUCUGACAAUAUUCUCAAAUACUUGUAUGUUUCUGCCCAGAAUCCCUUGCUGCAGCUGAUGCAGUGUUUGCUAUAUAAUUGUGUGUAUAGCAGAUUAAUGGACUGUUCCAGACAUGUGACUCUGCUCAGAAGUGUUCUUUAUCAUUAUUGUAUCAAUGUAUUAAUUGCUUUGCUGUCAGACAUCCCCGUAAUUUAUUGUUUUGUAAAGCAUUGUUGAACUCCACCAGAGGUCAGGCUGAUAUAUGCGUGUCUGCAUGUGCAUAAAAUACAGGAUUUUGCCCUAGAAGUCUAGAAUGUAAAAGCUGUAAUGUCUCCCAUCCCAAGCCUUGCUGUUUAUUUUUUAAAAAAUAUUUUAUUAUUUAAUCUACAAGAUAGCCUUAUAUAUUAUAUGCUCACAUAUUUAUACCCUUCCACUUCUGAAAAACAAUUCUACUAGGAGAGGUUCUUAUAAAAUAGUGUUUACUCAUUAUUCCCCUAAAUGUGCCACUUCCUAUUCCCUUAUGUUUUAUUGAACAACCUAGUGAAGUUACCCAAAGGCAGUAUUUCACAAUAGUUAUCCAGUUUAAACAGAAUCUAAUGACACUUGUAAAAGAAGGUCAUAUGUAUUAAAAUAGAAACAUGUCUAUCUUGAAGGAGAAAUUUAAAUGUAUCUAAACUUGUAUGCUGUAGGCCAUUUUCCCCCCUGUUAAAUAAAGGCACACCUGCUCAGGAAAGUAUUUAGAACUGCAGGUGUUAACUGUCCCAACAGCUAUUGAUGACCUUAAUGCUACGAUACAGUAUUCCCAUUGAUCCCAUACAGUCAUGCUGUAAAAGUAUAUAAAUAACACAUUCUAAUGUACUCUGACCUUAUAAUGAAUUGUUAAGGGUUUCUCUGUUCAGUUUGCUUCAAAAUCGUUCAGUUUCUUGUUGGCAUGUUUUGCUACUGGUGUAUUUAAAAAUCCUACGAUAUGGUAGAUCCAUUGGCAGUCUAAGCACCAUAACCUAUUCAUGCUGUUGUAGUGGUCAUGGCUGCUAGUAAUAAGUUCUGGGUUACAUUUAAUAAAAAAUGGAGGUCCGAAAACAAAAUUGCACUCAAGUUAUAAAUGCUGUCGAAAUAAGGAUGAAAUUGAUAUCACUAAAAGCAAGAGUGGAAGGUGGUUCCUUUAAGAAGCACUGGUUUUGGUCAAAGCACUUAAAUGGCUUGGUUUAGAACCAGGAGUAAUACCGACAGCCAACUAGUAGCCAUUACAUUGUCUAAAUCUCAAUAAUUUACAAUUUAAGUUGAUGAAUAGGUGGCAUUUUGUCCCAACCAGCAUCGCUAAAAUGUAUCCAAAUGGUACCGAUAGAUGCUGGAGAUGCAACAGAUCAAGGGGGGAUCAGAUGUAUAUAUGGUGAAACUGAUCUCUUUUUAAAUUCAAUCUGGCACAAAGUUGAAGAAUUCUUUUUUAAAUGGUUAGGACGUAAAUUUGACCUCACUCCCACUAGGGCACAUCUACAUAUGUCUUUUGAAGGGCUGAAUCAAGAUGAGAAAAAAAUAUUUGUGCAUUUAAUGACCGCAGCAAAAGUGUAUAGAGCAAAAAAACUGGAAAUCAUCAAAUUUACUUAAUUGGCCUAUGGUUAAGACUGUUUAUUUUCCAAUGCAGAAUGGUAAGAGGCAUUAUGCUAUACGCCAAUAAAGACAAUACCCAGCAUUCUUUCUAGAAUAAUAUACUCAAGGCAAUGGGAGAAGAUAGAUAACCAGAAUAAAUACAUUGGGUUACAUGUAUGACUAUAUAGCUGAGGGUUACAUUUCAUCCCAUAAGGAUAUUGUUUAAGGAUUCUUGAACACCAAGUCCUAUGUUAGUGUGUGUGUGUGUGUGUGUGUGUGUGUAUGUAUAUUAUAUAUAUGUAUAUAAUAUGUGUGUGUGUGUAUGUGUGUGUAUGUAUAUAUAUGUGUGUGUGUAUGUAUAUGUUUGUAAUGUAUUGGUGUGUUUUGAUAAUUAUACAUUUUUCUUUUUAAAAAUAUGGACACAUAUGUUUUUUGCAAAUAUUAAAACAGAGCAAAAUAAAAAAUUAAAUACUAAAAAAAAAAAAGUUGCAUUGAGUGAGAUGGUAGCAACAUCUAGGAAACACUUCACUGUACCCUAUAUUUAACUAUUAUUGACCAAAAUUGGCCCUGUGAAUCUGAUAUAUUGCUGCAUGCUCUUACAUUCUGAAAAAGGAUUAAUGCUCUUAUUUUCUCCCUUUUGGUUUACUUUUCUUGUAGUGUAACCAUCUGCCCAGCUGACCACAACUCCUUGUAACCAUGUUGGCCUGUCUUCAGAGAACCCAGAAUCCUCCAGUGAAGCACCUUUUAUGUGCAAACAAGGGACUAGAACCUCGAAAGUGUAAGUAGCCAUAACAGAAUUAUAUAGUGUUAGAAGUAGUUUUAUAGAUGUGCCUCUUCUUUAUUUAUUUGGAUCCUACAUGCUACCACUGAAGCCGUAUACAUUAUGAUGUAAAUGUAAUGUCUAUUAUUAGAUUCUGCGAUAUUUACUUCUCAUUGUUAAUUUAAAAAUAUAAGACCCAGGAAAAUGCAUUUCACGAAAAAUGACAGUUCUUGGUGAGGCUACAAUACAUACACUGACUUAACUAAUGACAUCCUCUUGAGUGACCUUUAACAACAUAUGAAUGGCAUAACUAAACAUGUUUGAAUCUUACGUUUGCCUAAAAGCAAUUUCUUUUCCUAAUUCUGUUUGUUUUGUUUUUUUGUUUUAUUUUAUUCAAAUUGGUAGCAUGUUUUUCUGUAUGUCGUAGUACCGUAUAAAUAUGCCUAGUGUAGCAAAUUGUUCAUUUUGUAUAUGGAUAUGGUUUUGGUUACUGCUUAAUAGCAAACAUAUAAUAAUACAUACACCCAUAUUAGUGUUUUUAUUUAUCAAUACACUCUCAGUUAUCACUUUGUUAGGUACUAGGUUUAGUAUUGGGUAGGACAACCAUUUUGUUCACAAAGAACAGCCUGACAAUGUUGUGGCAUAGAUUUUAUAGAUUCCAUAACAUGCUUGAAAUUCUCCUUAGGGAUUUUACACCGUGGUAACAUAACGGUAUCAGACAGCUUCUAAAACUUUGGGCUAUCGGAGUGUUCCAAAGCCAUGUUUAUGGUAGCUGGUUGACAUGAGAAAUUGGUUACUUGCAAUAAGCAGACAUCCCAAGUCUCCCAGUAUUUCCUUGAGAUUCCCUCAUUUUGCAUGGGUCUCCCUGACACCCGCAGAACAUGUAUAAUAUCCCGGAAAUCACACACAUGAUCUGACAUCUAAUGUAUAUCAGAUACAAAGGAUAUUAUACAUGAUUUGUGCCCCCAUUCCUAAUACUCACUAAGCAGAUCCAGUGGGGUACCGGCACUUUAAGAGCUGACCACAGAACCAGCCAGCAGGGAGGAAGUAAUGACAGGCUGUCACUUCCACCCUGCUUCACAAAGAACCGCACAGGAGGAAGAGAGGGAAGAGAAGGCAGCAUAGGUGCAGAGGAGAGGCUGGACUGAGCUUCUACUGCAUGCUCACUCACAUCAGCCUCAGCCAGAUCUCCAGGACACAAAGGUAAGGUAACAUGAGGGUGGCUGAUAUAUAAAGUAUAUGUGUUAGUGUUUAUCUGUGUGUUUGUGUCAGUGUGUGUAUCUGAGUGAUUGUGUCAGUGUGUGUAUCUGAGUGAUUGUGUCAGUGUGUGUAUCUGAGUGUGUAUGUGCUUGUGUGUGUAUCUGAGAGUUUGUUCCAGUGUGUGUAUCUGAGUGUAUGUGCCAGUGUGUUUAUGUGUGUAUCUGAGUGUGUGUCAGUGUGUAUCUGUGUGUGUGUGUGCGAGUGCGUGUAUCUGUGUGUCAAGGUGUUCAUACAUGUUUGCGGGCUUUGUGUGUCUGUGGUGUUGGGGGGGGUGUGCGCGCUGUAGAGGGCCACCUCCCUGAAAUACAUUUUUCCAGGUUGGGAUGUCUGAAUCAGUAUGUUUAUACGUACUGUUUCCAUAAAUUUAAAGCACCUUUGGGCUUUAGUGCUUUGCGAUCGUCAUAACUGUAGGAAUUAUGCAAACAUCAAGAAUGGCUGCACACAAUGGAUUGUAGAGGUAUAAGUUAUGGGUGCCCUUACCCCAUCCAUUUCAGACACCCCGUUAGGAGAUCUUAAAGGUAAAGUUUCUUUUUAUCUGGCGAUUUUGCCAAUAUUCUGUUUAAAGUAGAGGUACACUGACUCCAUGGUGAACAAUACCCAAAUAAUCUGCGUGUUUCAAGUUCACAUCAAGAAAACCUUUUUAUGUUAUGUUGGAUCAUGUUUACUGUGCAUAACAUAACUAGUUGUAGAAUUUACAAAAAUUAGUAAUCCCUCCCAGAUUAUUAUUUUAGGAAUCACAUAGCUAUUCGUAUUGCAUUUUUAUUCAACCCAUUAAUGUCUGUUACACAGUAUUUGUGCAUCUCUGAUUUUCAAAGGGCCAACCUAAGCACUAAAACCACUUCACCUUAAGUAAUUUUUGGAAAUCGUUUCCAAACCUACUAUUGGCUGUCUGACUGAAAUACAUUCCAUUAUUCAAUCUUUGUUUGCUUCCAGCAUUAACAUGUUAAAGGGUUACUCCAAGCCUGCUGUAGUGAUUAUGAUGCCAGGAGUAGCGUGGCCUGGUUCCCAGGUACUGGGGCAAAUCGUUUAGCCACGGUUUUCCGUCUUACCUGGGUCUACACUGGGUGCCAAUAGUACUUGCUGGAUGGUGAUGCACUUACGGCUUCUGCAGAGCUGUAGAAGCCGGAAGCAGACGUCCUCACCAGUCAUUGGCCCAGAGGAUAUGUCUUAAAAUAAUUCGGAUUAAUAGUGUCCAACAGUGGCAGGCCAAGUUUAGGCAGCCUUGCUAUUAUGUUAUAAAAUGUUCUGAUAUUUCAAGCACAGUAUGGGUUAAUUGUCUGUUUGUAAUAGGGAGACAUGUCGCUGAAAUCCAGCCUUCUAUUUCCAGUGUCACCAGCUCAGGGAGCGAAAUGACAGGACGUGAUAAAGGUCUUUCAGUAAUUUCAAUGGGGUUCUAUUUUAAUACAGAUUUCUUUGUCUAAAUUCUGUAAGAUUUCUUUAUUUAUUCCACCACUUGCUAUUUUUCCUCAGCUACUGUAUUCCUCUUAACUCAUUCCAUGCCAAACAGACUACAGUGUAUCAUUGACUUGCUAAGUCAUGGAUUGGGAUACUUGCAAAAUACAUAGAUUUAUAUAUAUGUAUGUAUGUGUGUGUGUGUGUGUAUAUGUAUGUAUAUAUAUAUAUAUAUAUAUAUAUAUAUAUAUAUAUAUAUAAAUGAUGAUUGAUAUACAAAGAAAAAUAUAUACAUUUUAUAUACAUAUAUCCCGUUUAGGAUUCGGAGCAAAUAAUAAAAUAACUUUAUUGAAUUACUGAGUACUGUUGAGUAUGAUUAAGACACGGGUGCUCCUUUGCCUCGGUCAUUUUAUUGGGUAAAUAAAAAGUUACUCAUGCCUUCAGAUCUAUUCAAAGACCAGCAAUAGAUUUUGUGGAAUGGAACAUGCGAGUUUGGGUCAAGCUGGGUUUAUAACAUAGAUUAAGACUGGCUGACGACCAAGGUCGGGAGGGCCUGCUAUUAUCUACUCACCACACGUCAAUAGAAUUACACCCAUCACCAGAAGGUCACAUCUUCUGCAAGCCAAGGUAAAGCAGAAUAAUUUAUCAUUUGUAUAUAGCAAUGUCUGUCAAAAGUGCAUCUAAUAUGAUUUUGCUUCCUCAAAUCCUUCCUGUUUGUUUUCCAUUUAUUUUUUAGAAACUAUUCAUAGAUCCAAGCCACAAAAUCUAUUUAGAAGACAGCGGAUUUCUGUCAAAUGAAUGAAAAAAUUAUUAAAUAUUCAUUCGUACUUCAUGACAGAGCCUUUCUUGACGUCCACAAAUAUACACUACAUUUUUUUUAUGUUUUGACUGGUCAAAAUUAUCACUUUAUUAUGUGUUUUAUACCAAAUCUGUAAUGCCAAGACCUUUUGAUGUAAAGGCUGGAAACCAAGUGUUCUUUUAUUCUCUCCUUGUACUUGCAUUUUAGUAAAUGAAGUUAUUAAAUUAUUAUUAAUUAUUUAUUAUUAUUAUUAUUCUGCAAUCCUACCCCUCCCCCCCUUAAAUUCCCCCCACCACACACACACCGCCAUUCUGACAAUAUAAAAUAAUUCUGUCUGCACAGGUAAAAGAUGAAGCCAACUGAAAAGAUGAUUUACCAACUGAACUGGUUUAGGGUGUGGAGAGACAAGUAACUGUAACUGGACAUGUUUAUUUUUUUCAGCCCCUAAGAGAAAAGAUCUAGUAGGAAGGAAGGACAGAUCUCAUGCAUAAAGAGCAGUGGCCCUGCUUGUGAAAUGGGACCCAAAGUAUAGACUAGACUAGAAGGAUCUUGACAUAGUUUUCCAAUCUUGUUAAAAUUAAACUAAUCCAAACAUGGACUCUGUUUCUCUGGAUGAAAUAAUGCUGUGUGUUCCCAGUCAUACAAAUAAAUAGGGAUUAUAUUCUGCUGUGACUGGUGAGAUGAACAAUAUACCCUUCUUCCCACUGGAGGUUCUGCAUUGAAUUUUCAAGACAAAAUGUGAAAGUCCGAUGACUAGAUCAUUAAGUGUCUCAUUACAGCCGCUGGAAAUUUCACACUUUAGAGAAUAUCCUUUGCCUAAUCCAAAAGACACAUUAUAGUAGACAGUGUAAUUAAACCAGGCGUAAAAUAAGAACUAAUAGAAAGAAACUCACGAGUUGCUUGGUGAGUCCAUAAAAUAUAUAAUGCUUACAGAAUAAAAACUGCAUUGUAGCACCACUCAUGCUGCUUUAUAUUUUUCCUGUCAGGGCUCAGAGACUUAACCCAUGACAGAGAAAAUCAAUUUUACUGUGCAUCAGGGUAGUAGGGCUCACACGUAUUAGAACAUGAGCUGAGCCCAUACUCACAGCAUGGAAGCCCUGUAGGCAGGUGCACACAUCAUUGGCAUAUGUAGUGAUUUGACCACACCUUUCAUAAAUGUAAACAUUGUAAUGUAAGAUAAUACAAAGAACUUCUUUCCUUACUAAGGAAGGGUAUUGAAACACUGAUUACAUUUUACAAAGCCCUAAAUGCAUAUUAUCUGCACAUAGUGCAUCCUUGUCCUGCGGCCUUUAGUUUCCGUUCUUCGAUCACAUCUUUUUGUAAUUUAAUGGUAACAAGUUAUUUCUCAUGAUAAUUUAGCAAUAUUUGUGCAUUUUUGGUAAAUUACAAGGAUGUUUUAUUCACGGUAAUUCUGCAUUCUAUAUGGAACAAUGUUGCAGAAAUUAUUCACACCAUUUACCACAUAUAUUAGUAGUUUCUUCACAAAUAUUCCCCAUAUUGAACAGAUGUAUUUCAAAUAGUAUGGUAAUUGGGCAUCAAGCACAUGAUUAAGUACCCUCUUUCUCUAUCAGGAGUGUUUCAAGGGGUUAAACAUGGUUUAAAAAAUGUCCAUUAAUGCUAUGUAGUAUGAUGAAGUAUUAUGAUUACACUGGAUAUUUGGAUUCUUGAGAAUUCCCUAUAUAAGCUGAUUGAGAAACUGUUCAAAAUAGUAACUUGUAGAUCCAACAGUAAAAUCACUAGCUGGAAAUCUUAAAAUUUAUUUUAUUCCUCCAAUACUGGCAUCCCUUCAAGCAGAAUGCAUGUGGCCAUGGGGUAAAGGGGGCACUGUCCUGAAAAAAAAAUCAUGAGAGCUGGGAUUCCUGAAAUUCAGUCCAUUUUUAUUAUCUCUAAUUAAAAAAAAAUCAUUAAUUUUGUACUACAUUUUGAAAACAUGUUAGUACUUCAUAAAAUACUGUUUAGUGGAUGAGCCUCCCAAUAUUAGCCCUGGGGGAAGGCCUUGCACAGGGGGCAUACCAGCAUGGACAUGCAAAUUGUCAUCUGCAUCUGUACAUACCUAGCAGCAUGAAGGUGCCUCAUUUGUACACAUUUAUGACUUUAUUCUAUGCUUGGCUCAUACAUGUACAUUUUCACAUUUAAUAUUCAUUUUUAUUUUUUUUUAAUAGUCUUUUUUCAAGAACAUUGGGUUCAAAGUGAGUUAAUCCAGAUGGGUUUUAAACCAAGGCAAUGCCAACAACUCUGGACAAUUCUAAGUAUCCUCUAAAUGACUUGCAAAAUUUAAAUACUACAUACACUAUUACCCUGUGAAAUGUUCUAAAACCAAAGCAUGCCCUCAGACCCUCUGCCAAUUCCAAUUUAAUGUGCAAGGUUUGCCGGACUGCCCAUCUACUGGAUACAAACACAUAAAGUAUGAUAUUUAUUCACAAAUAACUCUGUGGUAUGCAUUUCCCAUAUAGAACCCACCAUUAAAAUAUAAUAUGAAAACCUUAGAUUAACCUCUGACCCCAUGAAACGUUAACCUUUCCAUGUGUUAGGAAAAGCCAUGCCUGAAGUAACACUAUCUACAUGUCACGCACAUAUGUCCCCUGGAGCCAAAACAGAAAUAUUAUUUUCCUGUAGGUGUCCCUGAUAAUACCUUCAGUGUUCUAGUAGUUAGUGUUUUGUGGACCUGUCUGUGUCAACCACUUUUUUUUUUUUUUUUUAAUCUCUUAAAAUAUUGACCGCAGUUAUUUAUAUAGGGAGUUUUUUAGUUUUUUUCAUAAAUCCACCAGUGUUUUCACUCAAUAGUUGUUCCUUGCUUUGCCCCUGACCUUGCCAUUAUCCAGCUUUAGAGCAUAACCUUUUGUUCUAGCACAUUUCUUCCUCUGAAAAUGCUAAUUUGAUUUAUUCUUAAUCCUGGUAACCCUUACGUUUUUAGACCUAAAUCAGCACUACUGAUAAACUAAUUAAGAGUUUCCAUGUGUGCGGCAGGAAAGACUUAACCCUUUCAUUGCCAGCAGACCAAACAACGCAAUGCAGAGCAAUAAACUUCCUAGCCCGCAGAUCUUUCCUGAUUCCCUCUGUUGGAUGCACUGCAGGAACUGUAUUUAAAUUAUAUAUAAAUCAUAAUCUGCAAAUCCAUGCAGCCAAAUUCAUUUCACUAUUGCUCUGUUCAGCAGAGAGGAGCGUUCUUCUCUGUAAUUAAAUGUCACUUACAUGCAGUAUGCCUUUAUUCCUGGGCCGCUCUGGCCCUACUUCGUUAUAUUGAUGAAUCAGAACUGCACAUUAAUCUAACAUGAUAUAGCUAUCUAUACAUAAAACACAGCUACAGUACACAGCAGCUACAAUAAAACAAGAGAUCCAGUGUUGUACUUAGUACAUGCACAUAGGGUUAAAAUGUAGUCUUUAUUAAGAGCUGUUUUUCCCUUCUAAAAUGUACUAUUUCCACUUUUUAUAUUUUUAUACUCUCAAUAUGAAACUUUGUAUAAUAAAUAAUAUACAUUAAUGGUUAUAGUUGCAAACCUAGAAUAUCCAUAAACUACAUUGUCUGCAAUAUUAUAUUAUAUAUAAGAAGUAUGUGUAGAUAGACAGAAGAUCGUAAGCUCAUUUGAGUAGUGUUUCCUUCACAUCUUGUAUCUGUCAACAUUAUUUGUGUAUGUCAAUUAUUUAAUGUUAAAUAUUCUCAUUGUAUAUUUAGAAAGCUGUUUGGGGAAAUAUUGGUGCUCUAUAAAUUAUGACGAUAAUGUGAUAAUUAUAUCAUUUGAUACAAAAAAUAUGAUUUUUAAUUUAAACCAUCACAAAUAUAGCCACACUGUAAUAUGCUUGCACAAUGACAGUCAAGAUCAGACUUGUACAAUGGAACACUUCUGAAAUUGAAAAAAAAUAAAAUGGUGAUAUCUAGUUAACACCUUUGCUGCCAGUUUGAUCUGUACCAGCAUUACAGAGGUAGAAAAAGGAGCAACCAAUCUGUCAGAGAGAGAAAAAGCAUUCUCAUUUUAAAUGGAUUGGAAGGGCCCUGCAGCUUGCCGGAGGCAGGCUUAAACCCCCCUCUGUACUGUCAUUUAAGAGACAGAUCUGCAAAUAUUCUCUAUAUUAAUAUUUCAUUUUUCUCUUAAAGGCACAAGGCCAUAUUAUGUGAUACACGGUAAUGAUUGCUCUUUUAAAACUAGUAAUCUGCUCAUCGUUUAACCUUUUAGAUUCCAAAAGACAUGCGUUGAGAAUCUCGCUCGUGUAGCUGGUAAUUAGCAGGCUGAUUUGCCUUUACUAUGAGUAAAAUAUUAUAUUAUGACAGGAAAUGGUAAUGCAGAUUAAUGGCCACAAUUCAUGGUUCAAUGACUGUAUACUUCUUGGGGUAAAUCGUAUUUUAAUGGAACAUUUUGAUUGUACCAGUGAAGCAUGGCUGUAAAGAAAAUCAAUACAACUGACUCCAUAUGUAAUAAAUAGGAAACACAAAAAAAGUAUCCAUUCCAGAUGUGUGCAUGUAAACAGUGCCUUGAUGAGACUGGAAUAUCAAAAUUAAAGUUUAACAUGUUGUGUCAGGACUUCCAUAAAAAAAGCACAAAAUUUGUAUUUAUUGACACGUCUGACAUAAUUGCAGUAUGCAACAAUGUUUUUGUUUUAUGAUCAAGUAAUGCUUGGCUUUCCAAAAGCCAAUUCAUAGGUCAAGUGCCCGAGGUCGGCUAAGGUUGGGGAGGGCAAUAGUCUGCCAAUCCAGCAGACUUACAUUAACACACACAGACCUUACAAUAUUGUGCUUAGUCACUGGACAUUCAGUCUGUUAAACGCUGCCAUCGUUUAACUCUUUGAGUGAUUGUGAUGCACAUGGUUUAUUUUCUAAGACAUUUGUAGGGUGCCUAUUAUCAGUUCUAUGUAAUUACUGCACCCUAUUCCCUGUGUGUGCAUAGAAGCAGACAGUGCUUGGAAACAACCACAUUUAUGCAUAAAACAUUAGAUUAGACAAGUCUUGACUGUAUAAGAAAUAUGUUAGAAUUAUCAUAUUUUGUAGGUCAAAUAUUAACAUGAAAAAUACAAGGGCAUAAAAAGUCAAAAUUUUGAGAAUGUAAUAAAAAGUUGGGUUGGGUGAUAGUCUGGUUAAGGAAUGGGUUAAUACAGUUUACUCGCGUUCAGAUGAACUGCCCGCUUAGGAUUCGUGUUGCCCUCUAGGACUAUAACACGAUAUGACAAGCUGUGCUGUUGCACCAGUCAGGGCUAAUAAUGUGUCUUGCGUUGUUUGUGCUGAGCAGACGUAUGCAAAAUGAUGUGUACACAGUGUCUGGCUGGACCAAGUUAACCAUCCUAGUGCCAGAAGUAUGAGUAACACAUUUUUCUGGCACAUGUGCAGAUUAUGUAUGGCAAUAUUCAGAAUGCCACAAGACUUAUGUAUUUGAGUCAUAUUGCGUAUCAUGUAUAAAUAUUAUGCCUGGGAAUACACUGAAACUGCUUUAUGCGGGUAUUAGAGUCCUUUGGUUUUCAUCCAUAUAGCCCAGUUUUGACUUUAGAAGCAAUUUAUUAUAAUUCUUGAGUGCUAAUCUUGGCAAUAUAGUGAAAAGUAAACAAAGGCCAUUUUUUGAAAGUAAUUAGACUUUAUUCUUAUUUUCUUAUGGUAAAACCUUAAAAGAAGACUCCAGUGCCCAAAUGUAACAUUUCUGUUUUUAAAUCACUAUUUAGUAGAUAUAUCCCUAAUGAAAACAUGCAUGCUUUUAAUGUUUUAAUUGUGCGUUUUUUAAAUGGGUGCAUAUCUAAAAAAAUAUUUGAAAAAGCUGUAGAUCUUUUGCCCCACAGUCUUUUGGACAGCCAAAGAGAGUCUGGGUUAAAAGGGAAUGACUGGCAAUCACAGACUUCCCAAUGCAGCUCAAUGAGAAGUCUUUGCAAGGCAGGUGCUCUCGGCAAUAGCUGCCUCUCGAGUUUAGCUCCACUGAGUUAACCAUCCAGGAAGUAACAGGACCUUUUGUCCUUUUUAAUAUGUUUUUGGUAGACAAAGACAUACACACGUACAGUCAUACUAUGUGGUAGACAUGUGCAAUCUGGUUCGGUCCGAAUUGAAAUUUGGCCGAAUUUCGGACGUUUGGAUGCUUCUGAAUUGCCAAAUUUCGGAAGUGCCAAAGUGCUUCGGACUUCUGAAAAGUGGCAAAACAGGUAGGGUUAGGGUUAGGUUAGGAGUUUGGUUAGAAGUAAGGUUAGGGGUAGCGUUGGGUUAGGAGUAGGGUUUGGGUAAGAGUAGGGGUAGGGUUAGGAGUUGGGUUGGGUUAGGGUUAGGAGUAGGGGUAUGGUUAGGGUAGGGGUACCUCUACCCCUAACCCUACCCCUAAACCUAGUAACAACAUAUAUUUUUAAUAUCCAAUUGUUUAAUUUUCAUUUUACUCAUUGACACAUUGUUUAUUUUGCUAGGAACCGAACUUGUGAUCUGAGGUUUGAACAGGUUCUUCUACAGUUGCAAAAUCAUAAUCCACUUCAGACUAGAAUGUCAUAUGAUCUUGGAAGCCCACUCCUACUAAUCCAUCUUAAAUUUAUAUGUACAUUUCCAAUAUGAAAUUUAAUGUAACAUGGUGUGUUUACUAUUUUAACUAACUGAUGUGCAACUGUAGGAUAGAUUUUUACUUGUUUAUUUGUAUUAAAUCUUUUAAACAAAAAGCAAUGAUUAUGCUUCAAAAUAUGUCAUCUUUAAUCUGCAUUUGUAUUUAACUGAUGAAAAACAAAUAAUUUUACAUUUCUAUCAAUCCAUUCUAGAAAUGUUAGGACUUAAAAUGUAUAGGAGUUCAGUUUAUACUCUGAGAUGUAAAAAUGUAUGUAAUUAUUGAAACCUUACUAUCUGGUUAGCACAUGAAGAAGCAUUUGAGGAAAAUAAUUUGUGUAAUAAAUCAGCUGUGAUUUUUUUUGGAAUAAGACUGGUAUAUCCGGUUUCUGAUUCUAGUUUACAUGAUUCUCACUGCUAUCUAAUGCAGGAGACUUCAAUCUGCAUCUAUUUAUCUUCUGUUAUAUAUUACUGACCGUCACUUUAUAAUUUUAAACUGCUAUCAAACAUGGACCAAUUAUCAUGGAAACCAGUGUGAUUGUCCUGCAUAUUUCUGUUGGUUUCCUCCAACAGAUCUUUGUGAAUUUCUAUUAUCAGUUCCAUUACUUUUUAUUAAUCACCCACCUCAUUAGUAAAGAAACGGUGGUUUGUUCUGCCUGAAUCCCUAUCCCCCUCAGCUCAUGUGUGCAGUCUACUGGUCUGUCUGCCCAACUUAUGGGUGGAAUUCAUUGCAUGCUGUAUUAGAUCUCUUGAGGGUUGGAUGAUUUUCAAGUCACAAUUAUCAAGUGUUUAUGAAGAUCGGCCCAUCAGAAUUUCUUGCCACUGCCUUCCACCUCUUCCAUCUCAUACAUCUCAUUUAUAACGUCAAAUCGCCUCUUUCGUAUAGUCUUCUUUCAGCAACAUGUGCCCUUACCACGGCAGAACGAAAUUCAUUAUAGUGCUCAGGCUGGCAGUGUAUCAUGGGAAAAUCCAGUUCACUAACACUUUCUGUACUACAGUCGACAUUCAUUGGAAUGGGGAUUCUGAUCUUCCUCUUGCCUCACUUUGGUUUUUGAAGACCAUCAUCUCAGCCCUUAUGGUCUCCUCCUUUUUUUCUUGAUUCUGUAGUCUGCCUCACUUGUCUCUUUCCACUAACACAUAGUGUAACAUUUCAAUAAAUACAAUUGCGUUUUCUCAAGCACAUAGUCUGUGUCCAAGGAAUUUUCCUCUUCUAGAGGCACAAAGCAGUUAAUUUCUCUAGCUGAAUAAGACAAGGAAUUUAUAUGAAAGUCACUGCAGAUAAGGAAUUUAUGUAACAUAUUUUGCUGUACAAAAGGCAUGAAGCAGCUGGCCAGCUUUCCGAUUUCACUGAUCUAAAAUGGAUCAUUCAUUAAACAAAAAUCAAUGAUGUCGUAUCCCCAAGUGAUUACAGUGCAAAUUCUUCUUUGCUUUAAUUAUGGCUUUUUUCCUUUUUUUUUUUUUGUGGGUCGUCGAUCCUUUCCUUACGUGUAUCUCUUUUUUUUUUUUUCUGAACAGUUAGGUCGUCUAUGAAAAGGCGAACACUGUGAUAAAGUACUUUAUAAAUACAGACUGUGCUUUCCAGCUAGGAGGAAAGAUAUGACACCCGAUAUUUAACAAAAACCUUUUCAUCCCAUUUUACAGUGCUGCAAAAUAUGCCAGGGCUUUAUAAAUAAGCAAUGAUGACAAUAAUGCUUGAAUUGUGAAUGGCUAGAACGAAUUACAGGAGGAAAGCAUUUUGCUCUUCAAAGAAAGAGGAAUACUAUAAGAGAUCUUGCUCUGAAGAAUAUUGUGUGGCAGGCUCCUGACAAAUGAAGAAGUAUUACUUUUACAGAAAAAGCCACCCAGCAAGUGUACUUGAAAAAUGUUCUGCCGGGCAAGAGUAUGCUUACCAUAAAAUAAAACUAGGCAUUAUAUAGGUGUGUGUGUCUAUUAUUUUUGCUAAAAAUAUAUAAUGCUAUCGAGUCCCAUUCUGCAAGGUUGGUGGCAUGAUCAGUGAAUUGUUUGCCAUAAUUCCCAGUUGACAGACUCUGCAUGGUUGGGCCCUCAAUUAUGGGGCAUUGCUUGCACUUAAAGGGCUACUCCAAGCAUCAUGACCACUUUAGUGAUUUGAAGUGUAUAUGGGUAGCAUUUAGUUAUGUAGUGCUGUACAUAUGGAGAGAAGCCCCUUUGCCGCUGGAAGUGUAACACCACCUCCAGCUGCAUUGCUAAAGUGUCAUCAGCCAGCUUGGAAUUAGAGUUGGGUACUGGCUCAUGUCAGUUCUGUGCAUAUUCCAAUGCACAGAAUUGCAUUUAUUGGCUAAGAGCAGUCUGCAGAAGCCAGGUAUUAGUCAAAGCAAACUUAAAGGAAAGCAGGGGCCUGGGAAGACCAGGUAAGAUGGCAAAACAUUGCAAAAUGUUUGCCCAAUUACUGGUAAAUAGGUCCAGCUUGCUGUAGUGGUUAUGGUGCCAGGUGUCCCCUAACAACCAAAGUCUUUUUAAAUGGUUUUACUUCCCACUUAUUGUCCAGCAGGCACUGCUUCCCCACCUACAUUACAAUCUGAGAGAGCCUAAAGUUCCGUUAGCUCUCCUGAGCUAAGCGAUGCAGUGCAUUUUACAAAAAGUGCAGAUCUCAAUAUAACUUGGUCAUUUUAUACAUUAACUUUGUUGCACACCCCUGGCUGUCAGACAGAUGGUCCUGUUACUUCCUGGUUUGGUUUGCUCAGUGGAGCUAAACUCAAGAGGCAGCUAUUGCCCAGAGCACCUACCUUGCAAAGACUUCUCAUUUAGCUGCACUGGGUGGUCUGUGAUUGGGCACUCACAGAAAGUCUUGCCGUGGUUAGAAGGGGAGGACCGACAAAGGCAACAGACAUGGGGAUGUAUCCUUAAAAUAGGGAUUUUUUUUCCCCUUUGUCCCUUUAAUUGGUAAUUCAGAGAAACAAACUAUUGCCUAAAAUGUAGCUGAUGUAGAUGUAAUCUGAGUGGAGAAGGAGUCUUUCCUUUGGCAUUUUAAAAUGAAACAAGAAAUGUUAUUCUAAGUGAGAGUCCCACCUCAUUCUGGACAUGUGAUUGAUCAUGGGACAUUUGGAAUUUGCAACGCAUGCUAAGCUAUUCCAGAACAGCACUGUAUUUAAUGAAAUCUCAUAAAAAUAAAUAAAUACUAGCACUCUGAUGGCAAACGUUUAGCCAGCUAUUAUGAUGUGCCUUUACUUCCAAAAUGACAAUUCCUCUUUAAGUAUCCAGCUGGAAGAGGAGUAAAGAGGAGUUUUAUUUUCCAUUAUAAGUUUGCAAAUGUCACACAGCUAAUUAGUGCCACAUUAAUUGAGAGUUGGGGAUUCUGCCAAGGACAGCGGUGUCAGCUUGAAGGACAAUGCAGAUAGUGUGUGGCAAAAUGGAAAGAAAAAUUUGUCACUGAAAAAGAUAGUUGUAUGUAUCUGUUCAGGCACGCCUAUAAUCAAGAAGAUGUAAUCCUUAAAGGAACACUAUAUUGUCAGGAACACAAACCUGUAUUCCUGACACUAUAGUGUUUAACUAUUUAGCCCUCCUUAGAUCUCAGGAAAAAAGUGUUUAAACUCAUCUUUCAUCCCACGCCGCACUGAUCUCGACAGUGUUGGCUCCACAUGACCCCUCCUCCAGUGUUGGCUCCACAUGAUCCCUCCUCCUCCUUUAUGAUCUCAGCCAAUCCAAUUCUUUCCCAUAUGAAAGCAUUGGGUGGCUAUUAUGCAUGCGUGGCAUAAUUCCGCUCUGCUCCAAUCAGCAUCUCCACAUUAAAUCAGUGCAUCUCUAAAUCAGUGCAUCAGUGCAAAGCGUGGAGAUGCUGAACGCCAGUGCUGCUCACUCUGCAGCACUGGUCUAGGAAGCAUCCGUUAGUGGCCAUCUGAGUUACUGCACCGAGAGGUGUUACUAGACAGCAAUGUAAUCACUGCCUUUUCUCUGAAAAGGUAGCGUUAACAUUUGAAAAUUCUGCAGGGAUUACAUUAGUCUGUAUCUUACCCAAAUGCACUCAUAUACCCCUUGCCAACCUCCAUGAUGGGGGAGGGCUAAUGAACGAAAAGAUAAAAUAUAAUAAAAGAUUCCCAGCUAAGAGAAACAAUAAAGUCACUUAAAUGUAAAUCUCCAAAAAGCAGGCCCUAAGGCUAAUUGUAUUUAGAAAUUAAAGAAGAUCCCCAAUAAAGAGUAACAGAGCAACUCUUCCAAGUUUUAUUAAGUGCUUGUGUUUCCAUUGAUGGAAUACAUUUCAUGUGUCAAACCAUUCCUUGAUUCCUGUCCAGUCAAUUGUUUAGUAGAGAUGGCCCUUACACCUUUCUUUAAUAAAUAAUUUUGCCUAAUAAGCAGCCAUAUUAUAGAGUGUGAGGUUUUCACAUCUGCACUUUUUAUACAGGGCCAAACUAUAAACGUAAUACGUGCCAAUUUUUAAUCCGUAUGAUUUUCAUAUUACUCUUUACACAUUAACACAUGGAAACGCAAGCACUUAAUACAACUUGGAAUGUUACAUAAACUAUUAAAAUUUAGGGAUUCUCUGUUUUGUCCUCUUUAAUGGGGUUAAUUAACUCCUUUAAGAGGAAAGGUUUGUUUUUUACCGUAAGAACAAUAAGGAUGUGGAAUUCUCACCUGACGAAGUGGUUUUAUCAGUCGACUCUAUACAGAUGUUUAAACAGCAACUAGAUGCAUACUUUCAAAAACAUAAUAUUAAAUUACAUAUUUUUUUUAAACUGUGGGGUACUAGCUUCUUGAUCCAUGGAUAAAUCUGACUGCCGUUCUGGGGUCAAGAAGGAAUCUUUUUUCUAAUUUGCAAAAUUGGAAGUGGUUCAAACUGAGUUUUCCUUCUUUUGGAUCAACAGCAAAAACAAAUGUGAGGAAGGUUAAACUUGUUGGACACAUAUCUCUUUUCAGCCCAUGCAACAAUAAGACUAAACCUCUUGUGACAGUGCUAACAUGUCAUGCAUAGUAAAGGAUCUUAUAUUAUCUAUACCUCACCCUCUAUAAAAGCAGUUUCCAAACAAAUCACUCCUAGAAUGCUACAGUGCAUGUAGGUAGGUUCUCCAGUUGAGAAGGUGCAAAAACAUGCAUUGUGCGGAACAAAAUGGAUUCAUGUUAACCUAUGAUAAUCAUGUUACAGAAAUUUCUCUGGUGAAAGGGAUCCUAUAGUGCCAGGAAAACAAAGCCAUUUUCCUGGCACUCUAGGGUUAUUAGGUAACCCCUUCCUCUCGCCCCCCCUACUUUUCCCCCACCACUUUUCCCCCACCACGUUAAAACCCCAGCAGGGAAGACCUAAUGCACGUGCGCGGCAAUGGCCGCAUGCGCAUUACACCUCCCCAUAGGAUUACAUCUCCCCAAAGGAAAGCAUUAUUCAAUGCUUUCCUACAGGGAAAAUCUGACGCUGGAGGUCCGUAAGAACGUCCAGCGGCAGAUAACGGACCAAAUGUCCGUUUGGAUUCCAGGAGGGCCCCAGUGGCUGUCUGUCAGCAGAUUUAGAGCUGCAAUGUAAACAUUGCAGUUUCUCUGGAAUUGUGAUGUUUAACAUUGCAGCACUAAAUGCAAAAGGGUCACAGCACCGAGACCAUUUCAAUGAGCUGAAGUGGUCAGAGUGCCUACAGUGUCCCUUUAAUGGAACCAUACAGGAAAUCCAGUCCAUGAUAAUGGUAAGGAUGUUUCAUAUAUAAUAUAAACCGAUUAAUAACUGUUAAGUGUCCUUCUCUGUAUGUCUGCUCUGCUCAUGAAAUUAAUACAUUUCACAAUCAUAUUGAAAUAUCCCAUUACAAUUUCUAUUAGCGUAACAUUUUACUGGAAGCCGCAACUAAAUGAGUUUAAUAUACUGGUUAAUAAGGGUUCCUGUUUUAGACCCCUAUAACCACUGUGUAACUGAUUUAAUGGAGUGAUGCUACAGGCGGUCUUGAUGGCAUCUUCUCUAUUUAAUUAGCAACUGUUUGAAUGGCUCAGUUUCCAUACUUCCACCAUUUGAGUCACUCCUUCCCUUACGUUAUAUAUGCUACAGAUUCCCUUACUCCAGCCAUCUUAAUUUGUGUGGAGAGAUGGAACUUCACAAUAUUUUUCCCAUGUGGAUUUGUGUAAUACGGUUGAUGGCUUGUAUGUACUUUACUACUUGUACUACUACGUAGAGUGCAAGCUGCCAGGACAAGCUCAGAUUGGAAAACAAACAAAUAAAAGCAAACUUGGUCUCCUGGUUUGUAGUGAGAGAGAGCUAUUUUUUGCUAUUUUAUUUAGGCUAUAUUAAGUGACACUAGUGGUAGGCAUGGAAUGGGAGUUGUUUUUCUUUGUUAUACUAUUUAGUUGGGGUUUUUUUUGUUCUUUUAAUAAGUGACCAACUGCAUUUUUUUUUUCUUUUUAUGUUGUAAUGGUCCAGUAGAAAGGCUUAGUUGUUGGUAAUUUAUAUCCUUUUUUUUUUAUCUGGGGUUCUUCACUUUUUGAUGGGGAUAACUACUGCAAAACUAGUCAUGGCUUCAAAAUGUAUUUUUGUUGGCUCCUACCAUUUGUAAUUUUUUUCUAUAGUGCUCUUGAAAUAUGCCACUUACUCGUGUCAUCAAAAAGACAUGAACUCGCUAUAGCUUUAUUUAGGGUAUCCAAGUUAUUUCAACCUAUUCGUGUUGCAAAACUGUUACCUGCAUGAGAGGAACAUAAUUAUAUUUUCUCAUUUUAAAUAGGAAAAAAAGUAAACGGGGGAAAAAAAGGCUUUUCUUAAAUUAAUAUUUUUUUCCAUCACAGUUGUUCAAACUUUUGAUGAAAAAUAAAUGUGCAUGGGCAAUUAUUAUUUUAUUUCUCUGUGUAAUAGAGUUUGAAAAACCGUGUUAAUUUUGCAGCUUUUGAUUAUCUGUAAAAUUGCAACGAAAGGGCUUUUUUGGGGUUCAUUAAAUAAAAAAAAUUGCUGAUUUCUCUUCCUGCGUAAAUAGACUGUUUGUAUGCUUUUUGGAGGGGUUAAACACCCAUGAAAUUACUUCUGUAAUGUAUUUUACAUCCAAUUUAUUCUGACUGGGUUAAAAUGAGGUUUGCAGAGUGGACUAAAUUUCUCUUACUCUUACUGCCUGUAUUGCACUAUUUCCAGAAGAAUAAACUUGUGAAUCAGAAGAAACCAAGGAACUGAAGAGGUUAACAUGCUCUUUUAAAAUUGCCGUCCUCAUUAGAACAAGAAAAACCAAUAAUUGGUCAUUGGAUUAAAUUAAAGGAACUGCUAUAAUUGAAGGCAGGAAUAGACUAGCAUUAAGAUUGUAGCUGCUAAAGCUGCAUAUCCCAGAAUCCUCAGCCAGUCAUAAUGCCUCCAUUGUCCAUAUCAACUGGAGGAAAAGACUUCUAAUAUUCUGUGUGCUAGACUUGCCAGUACUUGAGAUAUACAGCCAGAAGCAUACUUCUCAAUAUCCCAAAUUUUCAUUGUAUUUUUCAUUUAUCAUUUUGAUGGAUAUUUAAGUUACUGCAUAACUGAGGAAAUAUGUUGUCUUGCUAGAAGAUGGCCAAGAUAGCAAUUCAAACUAUUUAUAGACAGUUACUUAAGGUUAAACAUACACUACACGGAGUCUGAUUGUUAUAGCUGUGGGAUGCUGCAAUACUCUAGUUCAGGGAUAGGCAACCUUUUAGCAGAACUGUGCCGAUAUAGGAUUGUGAUGUCCCAUUUUUUUAAAUUGAGAUGUUUGUUGCCGUAUUCUGUUUGUGUUUUUUACUACUGCAGUUGCUUGGUAUCGUUGUAUUUGUGCGAAUAUAAGCUAUUAUAUUGUAUAUGUUCAUUAGUAGUUUAUGGUAUCGUGUAUGAUACAUUUGAAUGCAGGCUAUGUAUGGGGGCGGCUUGUGGAAUUGUGUGUGGAUGGAUAUGUCACAUUGUGUGUUUGGUGGUGUGUGGGGGCUGUUUGGGGUAUUGCAUGUGAGACACUGCAUGUGGGGUUGUGUGCAUGUAUGUGGAUUGUUAGCGGGUUACGUUUGUGCAGAUUGUGUGUUGUGUUUGUGUGUGGGCCAUUUGUAUUAUUUGUAUGAGUGUAGGGUUAUUUCUACAUUUCUGUGUACUGUGUAUAUCUAGCAGUGUGGGUGGCUUCCCUGGGUUCCAACGGGGACCAGGCUGGCCAGGUACAGGUCAAGGACAGGAGCUGCAACAGCAGCUGCGGGCCGCUCUACUACAGUGUGGUUUCCCAUUCACAAGUGCUGGAAUGAAGUGAUCUGAGAUUACUUCCUCUGCGUGCUGCAAUUCAUAAAUUGAGGAUUGUCCUUCACCACCUUUUCGUAUUAGCAGAUAUCUGAAGUUUUACUAGAACUACUGAUAGGCCAGAGCCUGUUUGGCUCUAGCAGCCUUGAGUGCCGUACAAAGACACCUUGAGUGCCGUGCAUGGCACUAGUGCCGUAGGUUGCCUACCCCUGCUCUAGUUAGUAGAGUUUCCAAACCCUUUUGCUUAAGGGCCUCUCAAUUUUCUACAGUUCAGAAGUAAUGAUAGUGGAAAUGUGGAACUGCACUCUGUCCCAAGUGUUAUGUAGCUGGGUGCAACCAGGCUAGUCCCAGUACCAGGGACCAAGUACUCAAUAGCAGAUAGAAGAAAGGUCCGGGCACUCCAAGGUGCAAAAUGGGAAAUAUAUUGAACCCACUGCCACUCACAACGUUUCGAUCUAUACAUAUUUAGGUUGAAACGUUGUGAGUGGCAGUGGGUUGAAUAAACGUACCUUUUUGUACCUUGGAGUGUCUGGACCUUUCUUCUAUCUGCUAUCAAUUUUCUACACUGAUAACUUAUCCCUACAAGCUUCAAGAAUAUUGUGUGUACUAGAGUCUAGUACACAUAAUAUUCUCUAGGCUUGUAGGGAUAAGUUAUCAGUGUAGAAAAGUGAGUGAGACUCUUAAGCAGAAGGGUGGCUGAGAGGUGUGUAGAAGGCACAACUUCACCUUUAGGCAAUUCACAUCAUCUUCUAGUACUUUACAUACCAAGUGGAUUGUAAAUGUCACGGGACAGGGAUCUUCGGAGUAUUGAAUAAUACAUGCAUGCAGCAGAUUAUCAUAUUUAUAUUUUGUUUAGAGAAUUCAUAUGUGUUUAUAAUUUACAUUGAAGAGGAUUACUAUGAGCUAAAAGCCCUCACCUUGUCUGUCAUUGUGUUAACCAUUUUAGCAAUGAAAUAGCCACUUAAUGUACAUUGUGCUUUCGGCACCGAAUGAGUAAAAUUGCAAUCAGCAGAUUUUCUCUCCUAAUUAUAGGGGAUUUUUAAAGAUAACAGUUCAGUCAUUUUUUUUCUCCCCUCAGAGUACUUGGGUGGAACCACAUGCCACAGUUCUAAGGCUCUUUUUGUCUGUUUUAACAGAAAAAAAUUAGACAAACGUGUUCAGAGCUGACAGCUACUGCUUUCCCUGUCAUUAAAUUAUUAACUGCCAUCUCUCAAGUAUGGACUUUUUUUUUAGUAACAAAAAACAUUUUUGGGAACAUUAGACAUGAUUUACCACUAUAAUCAAGAAUAAUUCGGUUUAGAAAAUUGCUCUUUUUAAUUUGUUUUUAGCCUUUUUUGUUAAGUAGUUCAAUCUAUUUUGGUACAUGCUGGAUUAAGAAUUUGCUGAUAUCUAAUUUUGUAUAUUUAUACCUGUAGAUGUUGACUGAUGUUGCUUUUGUGUUUUUCAGGUGAGGCAGCCACACCAAUGCAGACCACACGGUACCCCAGUCCAGCUGAACUGGAUGCCUACGCACAGAAAGUAGCUCACAGCCCACUGACCAUCAAAAUAUUCCCUACAAACAUCAGGGUUCCCCAGCACAAGCAUCUAAAUCGGACUGUAAAUGGUUAUGAUACAACUGGUCAACGUUAUAGUCCUUACCCGAUGCAUACAGGUGGAUACCAAGGACUGCUUGCUGUUGUCAAAUCUUCUAGCAAGAGUGUACUGAAGAAUGUAGAGGGUAAACGGACUAAAAUAUCUACAACACAGGUUGGUGUUGCUCCUUACCCAAUGUCAAGCACUUUAACACAAAACCAACCUUGCAGUGGACAGCUGAGUUAUCUUGGAAGCCAGAAGCAACUAGAUGCGCCAGUACCACCCAAUGUGACUGUGGCAGCAUCUGUCAUUCCGUUAACGGGCAGGAAUUUGGCACUUCAGCAAUCAAACCUGCCCUCCAUCCAGAGCAUCAUUUACCAGAUUAACCAACAGUGCCAGGCUCAAGCUUCUCAUCAGGCUUGCCAAGGGGUGGUGGUUACUAACUCCAGCCCCGCCAAGCAAGGUAUGACUAGUGGCUUUACGUCCAUGACUGGGAGCACUGUGACCUAUGCUGGGACUGUCUUACAAGAUUGUAGAGCAGGUAGUGAGCUAGCACUGGGGACAGCCCCUAUGGUAUCAAAAGCUGGAUCUUAUCAGGAUGGCAUUGACUACCUAAUAUGGCAACAGAAGCAACAGCAGCUCCGAAUAUACAGUGGGGGAAGUGGAGGGGGAGGAGCAAUCAGCAAAUCACCUGAAGUGUGUGCAGGAGUGUCUCGUCCUUAUACUCUUGCUAGUGCAGUUGAAAAAGUCAGCUCCUCCCCUUUGAACUGUGUUGGCAUGCACGGAAAUUUCUCUGUGGGGCAGUAUUUUGCCCCUCCUUGGAACAGCAUCUUAGUCACGCCCAACAGUGACUGUUACAACCCCCAGGAACUUGCCAACGGGCACAGGGAUUUGGGAGUACACCCAUCAGACGGACUAACCAGCAUCCCCAGCAAGACCCUUUGCAAUACCUCUAUUCUUAGUAGUAGCCUUCAAUCCUUGGAGUAUCUUAUCAAUGACAUUCACCCACCCUGUAUCAAGGAGCAGAUGCUUGGCAAGGGUUAUGAGACCGUGUCUGUGCCACGGCUUCUAGAUCAUCAGCAUGCCCACAUACGUCUGCCCAUUUAUAGAUAAAAAGUCCUGCCCUUUUCGAUAUUCAAGUGGCCAACACUGGUUUUUCAAUCUAUAUGAUGUUACGUAGCUCUGAGGAGACAUGCUAAAAAAGAGUUCAAAAGGCAUGGGUUUCAGUAGCCAUCCUACACUUCUUUGUGGUCAGAGAACACAGCCUUGUGAGGCCUUCUGGCCACAAAUGAGUUUUACUUUUGUGGUCCAAAAAGCAUAACUACUGCUGCCUGUAACCCUCAGUGCUUAGUCGGUUAACAUCUUUUUAAAACAUUUUCUGAGAAUUGGGAGAAAGUGGUAUGUCCUAAAUAAAAUCUUCAUUGUGGCAUAUACCAUCAAAUUCUAGAAUUGGUAUCUACACUGAAUGCAGGCUCAUUUCCCUGAAAUCUUAUUAAAUGUAUUGUUUUGUUUUAUUUUGCGUUUUCCAGUAAAGGAGACCGGACCAGUGAAACAGAAAAUAAAGGGUAGCCUUAAAGUAUCUAUUUAUUUAUAGUAAUAAAUGCGAGGUAUAUGAACUAUAAUUUUGAUUAACCCCUCUCUUGCCAAUGUAUUCUGCCAAAUUUUCUCUUUUCAGUUGGUCUAGGCAUUUUUUAGAGAAUUUGAGCUGAAUGUGAGCAUGUUGUUAUUAAAUAUGGAGUGGGAAAAGGUUGGACAAAGAUUUAGUUAACAAAAGUUAUUCUGUAGUCAUUAGUGUUAGGCAAGCGACAGGACUCAGCCCUGCAAACCACAUUGUCCUACCCAUUUUUUUUCAGCCAGCUACAGAUGAUGGUAGCUGCGGUCUAAGAACUUGAAAGCAGGACACCAUUCAAAACUGGUCUACAAACCACAGAAGGGUUACAGUCAAGACUGGUCAGAUCUGGUCUACAAAAAGUUCAGAAGGGUGUACAGUCAAGACUGUCCAGAUCUGGUCUACAAAAGGUUCCGAAGGGUUACAGUCAAGACUGUCCAGAUCUGGUCUACAAAAGGUUCAGGUUACAAUCAAGACUGUCCAGAUCUGGUCUACAAAAGGUUUAGAAGGGUUACAGUCAAGACUUUCCAAAACCAGGUAUUAAAGGUCAGGAGCACACAUAAUUCUCAGCAUGGCAAUGCAAAAAUUCCCUUUAUGCUGUUUUUAGAACCUGAAACCCUAAUUUUAAAUUAAUGAUAUCACAGCUGUUGUAGUUAUACAACAAAUAUGCAAACAUUUUAAUAAAUUUAAAAAAAAAAAAUUUAAAUUUUAAUUUUUUUUUACUUAUGUGCAUUUGUUGCAAAUUCCCAGGCUUGUAGAUUGGCUGAGACACCUCUUGGUCUGAACAGAACCUAGUCAGUAAGUUUCCAUUAUUUCCAAUGGUAACCAAGCAUUUACACUAAAUCCUGCCCAGUAGUGAUUCAUUAGAUAUAUAGUUUAGUACUUGACAGCAUUCUAUUCAUCAGGGGAUGAUGAAUGUAAAUGCUGUCUAAAUGGAUAGAAGCUGUACUGCAGCUCACUUCAGCUUACUGACAGCUCCAUUUAGAGUUUUGUGAUAGUCACUGCGAUCUUGUGAAUAAGGCUCGGGCUCCAUCUCCUUUCUUUUGCAAAUGGCUACCAUUAAUAGCAUUUGUUUGCUGGGAGACGGGGACAGAGAACCUCCUUGCACCAUAACCUAAAUGUGCACAGGUUUUUUUUAUGGUUCUUGGUGUGUCUCUUUAAAAUCAUGAUAGGAGUAUGACUUUCAAGACCUCAUUUAAGCAAUAUUGUGUACUUGCAUCAUAGAAUACCAUAGACACUAGACAAGUCGCACUAUACAUUUCUUACACGUUGCUCUUGGCCUGGCUUUAAUGUGUGAUAAAUGCAUAGAUGGAUGGACGUCCAUAAAACGUCCAUAACUCUCUACCAGUUUCAUGGUAGAUUAUGGAUUGUCAUUGUUGCCUUACUCGUACAUGACAAACACCAUUCCUCAAGGUAACAUAUGCAUUGGGGACAUUUAUAAAAGUCGUCCUAAGGGAAAAGUAAUGCAAAAACCAAAAUGUGGAGCAGCCCAAAGCGAAUGCAUUCGCCUCAGCAGGAUUAUUGUUGGUUUUCUUGGGCAUUGAUCCACUUUAAAACUAUGCACCACUUUUCCCAUAGCAACACUUUGAAAAAGUCUCCCCCACUGAGUUUAUGGUGAAGCACUUAGCGGUUCAACAGUAGUAAUUUUUCAAAAACAUAAAGUAACUUGCUCUUGCGAGGCAGGGCAGAACACCUAGAACAGAACGGUCACAUGUAGAUUUACACACAACUCGGUAACUAACUAAAAGUUUUUAUUUUUGAAUUUACAUCAUCACGUAAAUUAUUAUUAUACCCACAGUGCCAAUUACGUGGGAAUAUGGGUGUACAUAAGCUUAUGGUAUUUAAGUAGUUGUGUGGUAUUUAUUUCUAAAUUCUUGGGGCAGUGAUGUCACUGUGGAGGUACGUGCUUUUUUUUUUUUUAACUUACCUGUACAGCUGUACUCACCCCAGUAAAUGCAUCCAUGACAGCUGUGCUUUAAGAUAGUUUAGUAAUUCUGUGUGUAUAUUGCACAGAAUUCCAUUAUAACUAUUCAAGGAUAUUGUUUGCAUUACCCACAGUGCAUUGCAGAUCUCACUGGCAACAAAGGGAGUUAAUUUUUUAAUUCAUUUUAAAUCUUAUCAUAAAAUGGAUUUCUUUUCUGUACAUUUCCACUAAAAUCUGGGCUUUAUUGUUAUCCCAGUUUAUAAAAUGAAUAAUAACGAUGAUUAAACUUCAAAGAAUGUGAAUGGUAGUUUAAUGUUUUUAAAAAGAUGCUGCUAUUUUGGAGACAACAGAAUACAUCAAUUUCUCUUCUGUGCUGCAAAAUGUUAACAGUUAUAUAUAGUAUCAAAAAUGAUAUAUAUAAAUAGAUAUUACUAUGUCAUGCCAAUGUUGCUUUAUGUUAUUGAACUUUAUUUUAUUGUUGCUUCGCUGCCAAAGGCUCUGGCAGAGAAGGGGUUAAUUAAUUAAACAUUUAAGCUAAUACUAAUUUCUUUUUUUUUAGUCCAUAACUUGCACUAGUGAAAGAGAAAUAAAAAGAAAGAGUAGAGCUGAAGAGCGCCUGCAGGAUGAUCUUUAAAUUAAAAAAUAAAUAAAAUUAUUUAAAAAAAACAAAACUUGAAAACUUGAAUAUAAUUUUUUUGUAGUGUAAUAAAAUUGUAUAAUUUACAUGUCGGCUGCUAAAAAAACAACUUUCCUCAUAUCCCAACAAUGCUUUCUUUUGCUUGAAUAGCCUUUCAAAUCUUAUUUUUCUGUUUUUCUUUUGUUUUGUUUUCUUUCUUUCUGAAAUACAAUGUUGUUCACUUGGUUCUUGGAUCACUUUGCUAUAUAGAGCGAAUGAUAGUCCAGGAAUGCAGAUGUUAGCGCUGUUAGAAUGUGCCAUCUGUGAAUUUCAAUCUCCUUUUGCUAAUCUCUGUUCUAAAAGAUUUUUUUAUUAUACAUUAAAUGGAAUAACAUUUGAGUGUCCUUAUUCUAUCGAUCUUUGAAGCACGUUUUCAAUGACAAUGCAACCGCAGUAACAAAAUUUGCUCUUUUUACUAAAUUGGCUUUCGGUUUGUAGUUUACUGUUACAGAACUCCUUCACACUUAUAUACCAUCUUUUAGAUCACCUGAUUUUGUCUCUAAUUUUGCUAAAACCCAUUCAGAACAAGCAGAAUUCCCUGUCUAUAACUGUGCCUACCAUCACUCAUUGUCAUUGUUCCACUUGUUCAGUCCUUAUACCUCUUUAUAAUUCUUGUAGGUGCUCCUAUACACAUUCUGCAACUCCUGCUAUAAUCCCUCCUUGAGCAACCAUAUAAUACUAACUCUAUAUGCUCCUAUAUAUCCACUCUAUAACUUUUCUAACCUCUCCAAUAGGCAUUCUAUAUUUCCUUCUAUAACUUUUCCUAUACUCAUGCUUUAACAAUUCUAACUCCUCUAAAGUCCACUCUACAAAUCCUUCUCUAAUCCCCACCCUGCAACUCCUUCUUUAACAGAUCUUAACUCCACCUGUAACUGCCCCUGUGCCCACCCUACAACUUCUCCCAUAACUGCCCCUGCACAUCUUCCUGUAACUGCCUCUGUCCCCAUGCUGCACAUCUUCCUGUAACUGCCUCUGUCCCCAUGCUGCACCUCCUCCUCCUGGAACUGCCCCAUCCCAUCUUGCAACUCCUCCUGUAACUGCCCCCAUCCCCGUCUGGCAACUCCUUCUGUAACUGCCCCCAUCCCCAUCUUGCAGCUCCUCCUGUAACUGCCCCGUCCCCAUCCUGCAACUCCUCCUGUAACUGACCCUGUCCCCAUAUUGCAACUCCUCCUGUAACUGACCCUGUCCCCAUAUUGCAACUCCUCCUGUAACUGACCCUGCAACUCCUCCUGUAACUGCCCCCGUCCUCACUGAGCCACUCAUUGUUCUAACUUCUCCAAUCUGCCCCAUGAUUCCUCUUAUUCUCUCUCCUCUAACCUUGAGGAACUAGUUGUUUUAUAAUGGUCUGGAAUUGCUACUUUAUUUUUAUAUGCCCACCCAAACUGCUCCAUAGAUCGUAUCCACUGAUAUACUUGUUCACUUUCUCAUAUCAUUAUGUAAUUUCUAUAUUGCACCCUAUAGUAGAUGUACAGUAUAGGAGCACAUCCUUAAAUGUGUUAAUUACAUUUCCUUACCUAUUCCCUGUGAUCAUAUAAAUUGUUCCCUGUUCAGAUGCCAUCUGGCAUGAAAAUCAUUGACCCAUGAAGAGCCACAAGCCAAGCAUUGAUUCACAAUGCACUGCUUGCCCCUGUUGACACUGUUAACGAAUAAAUCUGACACAAACUGAACAUUUUUUUUUUCUUUCCACUAAAUCAUGCCUCUGUGAAACUUGCAAUCUAUUGUUUCAUUGAUGGCAUACCUUGACACCCCUGGAGUUUGUGAACUAUAUUUCCCAUGAUGCUUAGCAUCAUGAAAAAUAUAGUUCAUACUUAUUUGAAUGGAAAAGGUUAGCCAUCAAUGGGUUAUAUUUGGUCAAAAAAACAAGACCACAAAAAAAUGCAGAUGUACCAUAUGAUGUAGGGUUUUUUUGUUUGUUUUUUCCCCAGAGUAAAAUCAAAC